AGGAGGAGUCGAGAUCUGUGUGCAGAAGAAAAGUGUGAGGACUUUGCCCCCUUGUACAGAGUCUCUCUCUCUCUCUCUCUCUCUCUCUCUCUCUCUCUCUCUCUCUGUAUAUGUGGCAGGGGACUGGAAGAGGUCAGGCGCAAUCCAGAGCCUGGGAAAGCUUUCUUUUGCAACAGGAAGGAUGUGGAGCUCCCUGCAUGCUGCCACCGAGCCCACCUACGCAAGGGGCAACAGGAGCCGUUCCUGGGUGCUGGCCGUGGGGGUGGCAGUUGGCGUGUUCCUCCUCGGAUUCCUCAUUGGUAUGGUGCGGGCUGAGCCAAGAGUCUCGUUUUAUCUGCAAAAGGGCUUGGGGAAGAGUUGCUGGAGGUCGAAUUGCAUGCGCUGCUGCUCUGUCACUCAUUAGGGGAGGGAAAUAAUUGCCUUCGCAUUCCAGGGAGCGAGUUCUCCUCCUGGAACUUGUUAGGAGGGGAAGAAGAAAGUUUAAGAGGGGAAAAAAGUUGUUUUAGUCUGCAAGCAAGAAGCUUUGUUUCUUUAAAGAUUUGAACAGAUGAGGGUUUUAAAAAAGGCAUGGAAAGCUCUCGCCUUCCCCUCUUGCAGCUACUAAGAACAGACAAAGUGGAUUUGCGGUAUUCGCUCAGCAGCAUAAGUCAGUGGCUUUUAAAAAACGGAAAGAUUCACGGAGGGCAAAGUCAACAGUGACAAGUUGUGAUCAUUCAAGAGAACCUCUGCAUACUGCAGCAAAAUACCUUUGAGUGCUGGUUGCUAAGGACAGAGUGCUGUUUUUGUGUCUUGCUUGUGGGUUUGGUGGGGUUGGUUUGGUUGUGGUUGCACUUUACCUGCUGAGAGUAAGCCCCCUUGAAUGCUGAAGGGACUUACUUCUGAGUAAACAUGCAGGUGGACUGGACUGCAGGUGGAUCUUUGAUCUGAUGUGCCAAGGCAUUGCUUGUCUGUCUGUUCUCUUGCCCGUUAAAGGCACAUUUGCUUUGCUUUAAACAGAACAGAACAAAAAACAAAAUUCAAUUUCUGCGUGUUAAAAUCAUUUCAAACUUCUCUACUCCAUCCCUUUGCGUCUUCAAGGGGAGACUUUCAUUGCUUAUGGAGCCUAAUGGCCCCACAUACAUACACUCAGUAUCGUCAGGCUUUGGGGACAAUAAAACCCUGUGGGGCACCUCAAAAACAAACCCAUGAGAACUGGACAUGCUCAGUGGGUUCCUUGUGUUUUGGAUUCCUGAAUGGAAGCACUUCACACUGCAACAUUUUGUUGCAGGGUCCCGCUUGCUAUUUAUUUACACUAGAACCAAUGCACAUAAAUAAACCCUUUACAAAGGCUGUAUGCACACAAUUUAAAUCUCAUGUCUUAUCCCCAAAAAUCCUGGGUAUUGUGGCUUGUUAAGGGUGCUGGGAAAUGUAGCUUCAUGAGGGGUGAACUACAGCCCCUAGGGUUUUUUUUGGGGGGGGGGAUUGUGCUUUAACUGUGCUUCAAAUGUCUGGUGGACAUUAACCCUAGGUGAACAAACCAAAAUGGUAUGCCUUCGCCCCAAAGGAGCUUACAAUUUAUUUAUUUAUUUAUUUAUUUAAAAAUAAAGACUAUAGAAGGAGAGGACAAAGAAACAAAUUAGUAGGGGAAAAUGUUUCUCUCCCCAGCCUUCCCAGUUUCUGAAAUUUUAGCAAUCAGUAAAAAUGAAUGGAUUUCCUCUGGCAUUUUUUCAUAUUCCAUGAAGGUGAAUGCAUGGUUAACAUUAUGAACCUCAACAGUUGUAUGGAUAAAACUCACUCUGUAACAAGCAAAUGGCCUUUAAGCCAUGUCUGUCUAGGAUUUGGGUCUUCAGUCAAUGAGUUGACACUGCCACCGCCAUGUUGGAUUCCAUGUUUUUAAGCAGACGGGUGGACUAGAAGACCCUUGGGGUCCCUUGCAAACGUACAAUUCUGUGAUUCUGUGAUGGCAGGUGCAGUUGUUGCAGCUCUCUCUGGUCUGUCUUGCAGGUUGGCUGAGCAAACCUGAAGGUCAUUUGCCAGCAACAGGUUCUCACGAGAAGAUGAAGAAGGCGUUUAUGACAGAAAUGAAAGCUGCAAAUAUCAAGCAAUUUUUAUAGUAAGCAAAGUGCACUGCGUUGAUUUGUGUGUGUGCCUUUAAAUUGACCCAGAAACCACUUUUUGCGACUCUUUUGGAACAAGGUGGUUUUAGCAAAUGACAAUAAGCUCAGUCACCAGAGAUCUAUCAGAAAUGGUAGAUUUCUGAUCUCUGAUUCUAGUUGUACAGGAUUAUUUAUUUGUUUUGAAUCUUUACUUUUCCCAUCCCAAGAAAAAAACAAAAGACAGGGCAAAAGAGAAUUAGAUCAAUGCCUAAAUUCACCCCCAAGCUGGUGAUAUAUAAUAGCUUUUUUGAGAGUUAGAAGUGGCAAGAUAAGGGGUUCAUUGUCCACGAUGUGCACACUCAUUUCUUUUGUCUGGCUAUCAUCCCUGAUCAAACACUAGAAAAAAAGAAAAAGACUGAUGCACAGUCCUGAACUUGUGGCACUGAACUGAAAAAUAACAACCCUGUAUUUGAAUAACAGAAACAAGAAGGCAGAUAUGGGUAACUGCUCUAGCCAUGCAUCUCUAUGGUGCAAAUAUUCCUGGUAUAUGCUGCCAUUUUUAGAGACUGCCUUAAAUUAGAUACUUCAAGCACAUUGCAGCAAGGAGCCCUUAAGUCAGGGGUAGCUAACCUCCAGGAGGAAAAAAAGAAGAAAAAUUAAAAGUAGACUGGGUGCCAAGACCAUAUAACACUGGUCUUGAAAGACCUACCCUGGCUCCCAGUACAUUUCUGAGCACAAUUCAAAGUGUUGGUGCUGACCUUUAAAUCCCUAAACGGCCUCAUUCCAGUAUACCUGAAGGAGCAUCUCCACCUCCAUCGUUCUGUCCGGACACUGAGGUCCAGCGCCGAGGGCCUUCUGCCGGUUCCCUCACUGCGAGAAGCCAAGUUACAGGGAACCAGGCAGAGGGCCUUCUCAGUAGUGGCACCCACCCUGUGGAAUGCCCUCCCACCAGAUGUCAAAGAGAAAAACAACUACCAAACUUUUAGAAGACAUCUGAAGGUAGCCCUUUUAGGGAAGCUUUUAAUGUUUAAUAAUUAUUGUAUUUUAGUGUUCUGUUGGAAGCCACCCAGAGUGGCUGGGGAAACCCAGCCAGAUGGCCGGGGUAUAAAUAAUAAAUUAGUAGUAGUAGUAGUAGUCGUCGUCGUAGUAGUAGUAUUAGUGUUAGUAUUAGCAUUAGUAUUAGAAUUAUAAGCCAACCAGACCCAUGUAGCUUUCCUAUGUACAAGAAGCUGGUGUAAAUUUACAUCAGAUGUAAACCCUGAUCAGCAGCAGGGCUGUCGCUCUUCCUAUGCCUGGUAGAGGGAAAGCAAGCCUUUAAAAUAGUCUUCUUUGCCAAGCGGGCAGGUGAAAUGUUCUGGCCUUGCCUCAGCCAGAUUCAGCUCAGCUGGUUGAGCCACAGGUGAGCCAGGAUGAACAAGCUACACUGAAGUACCUUUGAUGGUGCCAGGACUGCAGGCUAAAAUAUAUUAUUCAGUUUGGUGGCAUUUCCUGAGAUUAACUUAGCGGCAUACAUUUGUAAUUACAGCGUUUUUAGUCCAUGGCAAGCGUUUAGUAAUCAAAAAGCUGGCACGCAGAGCACGUUUUCAAGUAGGAAAGAAAACUAUCGCUUAGACUUAUUUAGCAAAUGAGUCAGUGUUCCAGUUAAUAAAUGCUAAUAUGUUGACGUUUGUCCACCCAGCGCCAGCUCAGUGGGUUUUGUGAUUGUUAAGCAGUGUUAAAGAGGAACAUUUUCCUCCUUUUAUUCAUACUUGUUCAUGAGGGUGUGUUACACAUUUUAGAUGCCUACAAAAUGGAUGCAGGGUGAAUGAAUGAAUGACUGACUGACUGAAUGAAUGAAUUUUUAUUUGCGUCAGCCAACGGCCAUAGCAAUAAAGCAACAAUACAAUAUACAAUGCCACUUAAAGGCCAAAAGAAUAAGCAUGUAGGUUUGAAUUGCUUAGUCAAUCACAGCUUUUAUUUAAGCACAUAAGAACCUUAGACAAGCCUGUUGGAUCAGGCCAAUGGUCCAUCUAAGUCCAGCAUCAUGUUCUCAAAGUGGCCAGGCCAGAUGUCUGUGAGAAACCCGCAUUCAGGAUCCAAACGAAAGAGCAUUUUCCCUCCUGUGGUUUCCAGCAACUGGUGAAUUCCUGCCUCCAACCGGAGCUUUACAUCUCCAGAAUUGCUUUUGGCCAAGUUGUAGAUCUAUCUUUAGAGAUGCAGAGAGGUUCUAAUUCACUUCUUGCCCAUCGUGCAACAAAUCUGAGUUAAACAGAAAGCAUAGCUUGUAUAUAAUAAUAAUUUAUUAUUCAUACCCCACCCAUCUGGCUGGGUUUCCCCAGCCACUCUGGGCGGCUUCCAGCAAAAAAUUAAAAUACAAGAAUUCAUCAAAUACUAAAAGCUUCCCUUAACAGGGCUGCCUUCAGAUGUCUUCUAAAAGUCAGAUAGUUGUUUAUUUCUUUGACAUCUGGUGGGAGGACGUUCCACAGGGCAGGAGCCACCCCUGAGAAGACCCUCUGCCUGAUUCCCUCCAACCUCACUUCUCGUAGUGAGGGAACCGCCAGAAGCCCCUCAGAGCUGGACCUCAGUGUCCGGGCUGAACAAUGGGGGUGGAGAAGCUCCCUCAGGUAUACUGGGCCGAGGCUGUUUAGGGCUUUAGCAAGCAUGCCAACUGGCCAAACCAACCAACACACUUGGGGUACAUUUCAGAACUUUCUCAAGACGAGGUAACCCCAUGCCAUCAAAGGCCCAUGGGCAACACCUAAAAACGAUCAAGGUGGAGCCCGCAAGGUGGAGGCGGAUUUAGUGCUGAGCCGGUAAUAGUCUGGAAGCGCAUCCUGUGUAUUUUAUCUUAUCUUAAACUUCUUGUACACUGAGUUGCUAACUUUUUUUUUUACCGCAAAGCAGUUGAGAAACCUGUGAGUGAAAAAUAAUUAACGAUUUGUUUAAUCAAAUUUUUCCUCCGCCCCAGCCGGCAUGGUAGCAGGGCUGACAUAGAUGGGAAAUGUGCAGUAGUUCAAAUCAGCCAGAGGGCACCAGGUUGUGGAAGGCUGCCUUAAACAAAGAAACAGAAAUAGUGGUGGUGCGAGCUGAGUGACUGAAGAGGUAACAGGGCCUAGGGAUUGAGGAGUGUCCAGAAUCUGGGCAGAAGCUGAUGAAGGAGAGGAAAGAUGGUGAGAGGCAGAGAUGGGUCAGGCUUGUGAAGAAGCCUUGUGAAGAAGAACCAGUGAAGGCGGUGAAGGUCCUGUGUGAGUGCCUGGAGGCAGUUGGAGGAUGGAUGGCAGCUAACAGAUUGAGGUUGAAUCCUGACAAGACAGAAGUACUGUUUUGGGGAACAAGGGGCGGGCAGGUGUGGGGGACUCCCUGGUCCUGAAUAGGGUAACUGUGCCCCUGAAGGGCCAGGUGUGCAGCCUGGGAGUCAUUUUGGACUUACAGCUGUCCAUGGAGGCUCAGGGGUCAAUUCUGUGUCCAGGGCGGCUGUCUACCAGUUCCAUCUGGUACGCAGGCUGAGACCCUCCCUGACCACAGACUGUCUUGCCAGAGUGGUGCAUGCUCUAGUUAUCUCCCACUUAGAUGCACUUUACAUGGGGCUACCUUUGAAGGUGACUUGGAAACUGCAAUUAAUCCAGAACGCAGCAGCCAGACUGGUGACUGGGAACGGCCGCCGAGACCACAUAACACCGGUCCUCAAAGAACUUCAUUGGCUCCCAAUAUGUUUCCGAGCACAAUUCAAAGUGUUGGUGCUGACCUUUAAAGCCCUAAACGGCCUUGGCCCAGUAGACCUGAAGGAGCGCCUCCACCCCCAUCAUCCAGCCCGGACACUGAGGUCCAGCGCUGAGGGCCCUCUGGCAGUUCCCUCGCUGAGAGAAGUGAGGUUACAGGGAACCAGGCAGAGAGCCUUCUCAGUAGUGGCCCCUGCCCUGUGGAAUGCCCUCCCAGCAGAUGUCAAGGCAAUAAACAACUAUUUUACUUUUAAAAGACAACUGAAGGCGGCCCUGUUUAGGGAAGUGUUUAAUGUCUGAUGCUGUAUUGUUUUUAAUAUUCAAUUGGAAGCCGCCCAGAAUGCCUGGGGAAACCCAGCCAGAUGGGCGGGGUAUAAAUAAUAAAUUAUUAUUAAUAUUAUUAUGGUGUCUCCCCAUCCUGCUGUGAUAAGCUGUCUUCCUGUUUGGUCUCCUAGAACCAGGAGAGGCAUGUAGCGGGAGAAGCAAAGAGAGACACACCGGUGCAGUCUCUGAUUGCUUGAGGGGGGGGGGAGCUGGAGAGGAGGAGACAUACCUGGCUGUGGGAAGUUGUGGAUCUUUAGUCUCAGCAAUUUGAUUCAUGGGGGCAAGACAAGGGCAUAGCCGGGGGGGGGGCAAGGGGGCAACUCCCCCCCCCCCCCAAAUCAAGUAAAACAUUCUAAAGAAGAAUGGCAACUUAAACUGAUGGAAUAAGCGCAGCUUGCGGACCUAACAUAUAGAAUAAGAGAACAAGGAGAACACACGUUUAAAGAAGAUUGGAAAAUGUUUAUUGAAUAUAUGGGGGGAGAUUGUGUACAUUGGAAACGUUGGCAGCAUUAAGAUAAAUUCAACAGUGUAAGUAAGUUUUGAUGGAUGUAAUAAUGGAAUAGUGAAUGGUUUCGCUUAUGUAAAAUAUGCAGGGAUUUGUGAUACGCAAAGUGAAGCAUAGAAAGAGAAGAAGGGAAGUUAUUGGUAUCUUAAGGUUGUUUAAUAUUCUAAAUUGCAAAACAGAAUAUGUAUAUGUAUGUGUGUGUGUGUGUGUGUGUGUGUGUGUGAUAAAUACUUAACUAACUGAUGAGUCACAUCAGUUUUGCCCCCCUAACAAAGUCCUGCCCCCCCAAAAAAAAUCCUGGCUACAUCCAUGGAGCAAGACCUCAGUUUCUGUGCUUAUUAGGCCUGACACUCUUUUAGACAUCCUGUUUUGCUAUUAAAGAGUUAACUCCUGCUGGAUUGGUGUGGUUUGCUGCUGGCUCGCUCCUGUCAGUGACCCACCUUUGGUCAAGAUGGUCACCUGGCUGCGAUUUGUGCAACUUGCACAGCGAGGACCGACGUCCAACAGCAGCAGCAAGCCCAAUGAAAAAAUAAAUAAAUGUGAUUUCAUUCAUUAUACCCUUCUCCUCUUUUGCAGUAAUUUCACUCGGCUGCCUCACUUGGCAGGCACACCAGAGAACCUGCGCCUGGCCAAACAAAUACAGGCCCAGUGGAAGGAAUUUGGCCUGGAUUCGGUUCAACUGGCUGCCUACGACGUUCUGCUGUCCUACCCAAAUGAAACAAAUCCCAACUACAUCUCAAUUGUGGAUGACCAAGGGCAUGAGGUAAAGGGGAGAGGGAGAGAAAAUGGAUUUCCCCAUCUGGCUUUAGCGUUUUUUUAAGUCAACCAUCCCUGUCCCUUUCAGAACAUUCAGUUUAACAGAUAACGAUGCAGUUAUGAGAGGUAAAUUCUGCUGAGCUUUGAAAAGAGCAAAACACCUGGAAGAGAUCUUUUCUCCAGGUGAACCUGCCCACACUUUGAGGUGAGGAUUCCUUAAAUGCCAGUGUGGUGUAGUGGUUAAGAGCGGUGGACUCGUAAUCUGGUGAACCGGGUUCGAUUCCCCGCUCCUCCACAUGCAGCUGUUGGGUAACCUUAAGCUAGUCACACUUCUCUGAAGUCUCUCAGCCCCACUCACCUCACAGAGUGUUUGUUGUGGGGGAGGAAGGGAAAGGAGAAUGUUAGCCACUUUGAGACUCCUUAGGGUAGUGAUACAGCGGGAGAUCAAAUCCAAACUCUUCUUAAAUGGCUUUCCCACCUUCCCCCAAAAGGAGUUCACACCAGCAGUGGAACAAAGCGAAUAGAAUAAAAUGAAAACAUAUUUUAUAGCUUUUAAAGUUACAGGGAACCAGGCAGAGGGCCUUCUCGGUAGUGGCGCCCUCCCUGUGGAACGCCCUCCCACCAGAUGUCAAAGAGAACAACAACUACCAGACUUUUAGAAGACAUCUGAAGGCAGCCCUGUUUAGGGAAGCUUUUAAUGUUUGAUGUAUCACAGUAUUUUAAUGUUCUUUUGGAAGCCGCCCAGAGUGGCUGGGGAAACCCAGCCAGAUGGGCGGGGUAUAAAUAAUAAAUUAUUAUUAUUAUUAUUAUUAUUAUUAUUAUUAUUAUUAUUUCCGUCACAUACCCUCACAGGUAAUAAUUUCAAGGAUGCCAGGGUAGUAUCUUUCAGCCGUCAAAUGCCUGGGUGGAUAGUACUGUUUUUCCAUUCCUUCUGAAUGUUAAUAAUGAGGAAGACAGGCACAUCUCUCCUUCUUUGUCACAGAAUCCCAACCUUUCCUCAGAUAUAUAUGCCCAGUGCCUACUUUCUGUGUGCAUUGUGGAGGGAGGGACUGACCACAUUUUCUUUUCUCAAGCUUUUAGCAACAUCUUCUCUCAUUCUGCUAGGUUGUUUGCUUACAGUUGUGAUACCCCAAGUUGAUUUUGGGGCCUGGUCAUAGAUGCCACCUGCAGCCUUAACAUGAAUGCAAUGCGGGACGUUAACUGCGAUUCCUGCAUUGCAGACAGUUGGACCAGAGGGAAACCCUUUGGAUCCUUUCCAACUCCACAAUUCUAUGAAAUUUAACAAAUGGACUGACAACAUGAUAGCGCUCGCAACCUAUGAACGGACUGCUUACAGACGUUGACUUGGAUCAAUAUGGCAAUAUUUGGAAUGAGCUUCUAUGAAAUGUAGUAGGCUAUUAAUAUUUGCAUAUGUCUUAGGAUAAGAGUAUCAAUUUCAUAUAAGAAUGUAUGGGCUAGGGUGUUUUCCAUAUAUUGUAUAUAUUCGUAUACUGCUUCUUUCUAUGUGUGUUUGAGCCUUUUUAUUUUUUAUUUUAUUUUUCCACAUACAUCACUUUAUUUCUUUAUAUUCGAAACCUUUGCCAUUAAAAUAUUAAUACUGGGGAAAACAAUUAUAUGAAAUUAGUCUAAACCUGACCUUAAUAUUCUGCCUCCUCCUCUGCUCCCUCUUAACUGCCCAGAUUUUCAACACCUCAUUAUCUGAGCCUCUCCCUCCGGGGUAUACACAUAUUGAAGAUGUUGUUCCACCCUACAGUGCUUUCUCUGCUCAGGGCAUGCCAGAGGUAAGGACUGAUGUGGGGUAAUGGGUUGUGUGAAUGUGCCCUUUGGUUAUGCGAAUGACACUCUCUCUCUGGAUCAGGAGUGGUGAUCACUUUUCAGAUCCAGUGUCUCUUUCCCUUGUGUGCAACCUUCUGGGGACCACGUACCAGAGGUGGGCGGGGCCAGAGGCAAGAGUAGGCGGAGCAUCCGAUGCAAAUUUUUUACUUUAGUGCAGCAGUAAGCUAGUUUCCACACAUACACACACUCUGCCCUCCACCCAGACAAGCAGGAGGCAUGGUCAGAUCUUAAGGACAUAUUCGAAGUAGGCAGAUACUCUCAAGGGGUGUGUGCAUCCAAGGAAGCAAGGGGUGUGGUCUCGGGAAGAUUCAGGGGCCAGAUAGAGAGACCUCGGGAGCCACAUGGGGUCCUCCUAACCUGAGUGUCAGGGGCUGGUCUGAAUCGGAAGAUUGGGGAAUGGAGUCACAGGGAGAUCAGCUCCUAACAGAAGAGGAGGAAGACUAUUUGCCUCCCCUGCUUCCAGCGUUUCCAGAAACAGAGAGACAGGUAGACACAGCAGCUGCUCAGUUGAGAGGAGCUACCCAGCUAUGAGAUAGUAGCUAAGCAACCAGAAGGGAGGGAGCAGCUGGGUGAUACAUCAAUAGAGAGUGGGGGAACCCCCUCCCCCCCUGAACUCAGAGGUCCAAGCAUGUCAAAGAACAGAGGAGACGCAGAGGGGGAGGAACUUCCCGUUGGCACGCUUCUUGCUGUGGAAGUGGGGAGGAGUCAGAGUAAGGCAGUAUGGUGUAGUGGUUAAGAGCGGCAGACUUGUAAUCUGGUGAACCGGGUUCGCUUCCCCGCUCCUCCACAUGGAGCUGCUGGGUGACCUUGGGCCAGUCACACUUCUCUGAAGUCUCUCAGCCCCCCUCACCUCACAGAGUGUUUGUUGUGGGGGAGGAAGGGAAAGGAGAUUGUUAGCCGCUUUGAGACUCCUUAGGGUAGUGAUAUAGCAGGAUAUCAAAUCCAAACUCUUCUUCUAUCCUUGCGGAGGGUUGCCUGCUUGUGCUUGCAUCAUAAUGCUGUAAUAAAAGGCCUAUAAAUCUACCAAAUGCUCGUUAAUUCUUAUCAUUGAGCUCCCAGAAGAGAGAGGGGAACUUGAGUACCUGCCACUGAGGUUCUCCACCCCUGCUCUAGGUUUUUAUAUCUCCCAAGUUUGUUGCUAUACAAGAGGAUUGUGACUAAACUUGAUGGCCAGCAAGAAUUUCAAGCUACUAGGUUUCUGCCUCACCUCUCCUGCCUAGGUGGGAGCUAAAAUAAGCCAGUUCCUAAAUUUGGGUAUCUGGGCUGGAUCUACACUGACCUGUUUAACAUUAUUUUCCCCCAUUAGACUAAUAAUAGAUAUAUCAUUCUGAAACAUCAUAGGCUAUACUUGUUGAUUAAAAGGUUUACUACCUUGGUUUGUUGGUUUGGCAAAUGAAAGUUAUACCCGGCCACACUGUUUUCCAAAACACUGUUUCUUUCCCUGCUGAUGAUUUCUGGUUGCUCUGCUCUGCCCUCCAGUAUCACAUUUUAAUUCUCCCUCCCUCCAUUUUUAAAUAAAAUUUAUUUAAUCAUUUUUUCAAUACAAACAACAACGGCAAAAGACACAUACAACAAAAACCACAAUAACACCAAUAACACAAUUUGACAAUUCAGAUUUGAAUACACUGAUAUACCUAUGACUACACCUUUUAAACAAUAUUUCCCCACCUCUCUCUCCUCCCCCUACUUCCCACCACUAUCUGCCUUAUCGCUUAAAUAUUCCUUCCAGAUUUCUUCAUAUUUAUCCAUUCUUAAUUUGCGUCGACAUGCAAUUCAUUCAUAUGUAGCUACUCUGUCCAUAUUAUAAAUCCAUGUGAUCAAUGGAAUCUUUUUGCCACAAAAUUCUCGCUCCCUCUGUGUCCUUUGUUAUCUGCACAUGCCACCACCCCUCAAAUUCCACUGGAGGGCGGUCAGCGUUUGAAUGCAGUGGAACAUUACAUAGGGACAUAUAUAGAAGAAUAAGACACAGGGACCAAUAUAGCAGCAUAAAACUAUUAAAAACUAAGCGAUAAAAAAGGCAAGGUGAUAAAGCAUUAUGAACAUAAAAAGUAGGAUGGCAUGUGCCCAUCUACAUUAUCAAAACCCUGCCUUAAACCUUCCUUAACGUUAAAAACCAUGAGUGUAGAUCUGUCCCUCAUCAGAGAAAUAUAUUUUUGAAAAAGAUAUGAGGGUUCUUUUGGCGCUCCCUAGGAAGAAGCAGCCCCCCAGAACGGCAAAGGCAUACAGCUGAUAUUGGGGAAACUGCUGUUGGCUGAAAGACUCUGGGCACCACACACUGAUGUUUUAGCAUUAUACAGAGGAAACAGCAAACCCGACUGCUGUUUAUCCGAUUCAGUGCUAAACCACAAGUUUUCCCAGGGGAAGUGGCAGGGCAAACUGGCCUGGAUGAACCCUUGAUCUUGACACAAGAAUAGUGCAUUGUUGGUAGAUUUAUUCUGCUCUAGUUUGUAUUCUGCUGCUUCUCCAAUGCCAUCAUAUUGGGUGCAUUCACACAGAAGCAUAUUCUAUUUUCCCUCCGUUGUUUUCUGCUAUUCUCUGCAUUUGAGCUUUCAGAUGCCACAAAAACCACUUCUGGAAAUAUAGCAGAAUAUAACUUAGUGCAAGUUUAGCACUCAUAUCUGUGUUCUGUGCAAGUAAAGGUAUGGUAAAGUAAAGGACCCCUGGACGGUUAAGUCCAGUCAAAUGUGACUAUGGGGCUGUCGCUUUUCAGGCUGAGCAAGCCGGCCUUUGUCCACAGACCGCUUUCCGGGUCAUGUGGCCAGCAGGACUAAACCACUUCUGGCACAAUGGGACACUGUGCCGAGUGCCAGAGCACACAGAAACGCUGUUUACCUUCCUGCCACAGUGGUAUCUAUUUAUCUACUUCCGCCGGUGUGCUUUCGAACUGCUAAGUGCAGAAGCUGGGACAGAGCAACAGGAGCUCACUCCGUUGCAGGGAUUUGAACCACUGUCCUUCUGAUCUGUGCAAGUAAUACAGAAUUCAGCACUAAACUUCUUCUAUCGAGCAGGCUCUUCUUACAUUCUGGUGUUCUUAUACUCCAGGGAGAUCUGGUUUACGUGAACUAUGGAAGCAUAGAAGAUUUCCAAAGGUUAAAACGAGAGCUCGGAAUUAAUUGCUCUGGGAAAAUUGUGAUUGUCAGAUAUGGGAAAAUCUUCAGAGGAAACAAGGUAAUAAUGAUUAUAUCCCAUCUCAGUGUGUAGGGGAUGCUUUGACACACAGACGGAAUUUGCCCAAAUGUGAAAGCUGCUUUUAUAUUGUUAAAACAACAACUACGAAGGCAGAAACUUACGGAGAGUAACUUAAUACUGAUGUGUGAUAUUUGGAUAUUUUUUCAGGUGAACAUAACAACAGUGAAGGAGGGAUCUCAGCAUAGAGGAGGGCCUGGGGGCACUUUGAUCCCCCAACAUGCCCCCCCAACAUACCCAUUUCACAGAAGGAAAAUGGGCAAUUCUCAAAAUGCACACACUUCAAAACCAGUAGAACAAGUACAGUGGUACCUUGCUUCUCAAACUCAAUCCAUUCCGGGAGUCUGAAACCAUUUGAAAACCAAGGCACAGCUUCCGAUUGGCUGCAGGAGCUUCCUGCACUCAAGCGGAAGCCGUGUCGGACAUUUGGCUUCUGAAAAACAUUCGCAUACUGGAACAGCUACUUCCGGGUUUGCGGCGUUUGGGAGCUGAUUUGUUCUGCAGCUGAGCCAUUCAGGAACCAAGGUACCCCUGUACAACAAAAACCUUGCACCCCUUUGAACAGAAACAGAACCCACAAAACAUUCCCACAACAAGCAAACAAAAAACACCUCCCAAACAUUAAUGUUUAAGAUAAAAAAUGAGAUGGCCAGGGAACCUUUGGAGGCAGCAAGGAUGCUAUGGUGCCCACCAGUACCACAUUGGGGACUCCAGGUUUAGGGGGCAAUCCUAUGUCCUGAUUCCCCAUGAUAAAUAGUUUAGGAUGCAGCCGAUUUCCAGCUCAGGCAGCUGAUUCCUGGCUCUGCCAGCAUUAAGUCUCCAACCUCAGUUCAACCAAUGACACGCCGGUGUAGCUUGCUGAUCCCGGCUCAGCCAGGGCUCAGACAGCUAAGCCAAAGCUCGCUGAACAAAGGCCAGUGUCAGUCCCCAAAAAGAGGUGUUCUGGCGGAGCUAUGUGGAUGGGACCAGCGAGGGCAGGGGCUGAGGCUGUAUCCUGGCAACUCAGCACAGAAUGCUAAUUUAAAAGGCUUGUUUUCUGACUGCCAGGCUUUGGCAGAGCAGCAACCUGCUGCUGAACAGGGUUUGGACGUGCUGUAAUUUUACACCAGCCUAACUUAUGCCAGCAUCUCACACAUAGAAUUGCUUCUUUAGUGUUGGAGCUCAUGAUUUCCAUUUGCACAUAACAAAAUAUGUAUUUUAUCAAAGUAAUUGUUGAACUGAAAUUAAUCUGGAAUGGAGAUUAAUUCCACCUAAACAUUAGGAAGAACUUCCUGACAGUAAGAGCUGUUCGACAGUGGAAUUUGCUGCCAAGGAGUGUGGUGGAGUCUCCUUCUUUGGAGGUCUUUAAGCAGAGGCUUGACAACCAUAUGUCAGGAGUGCUCUGAUGGUGUUUCCUGCUUGGCAGGGGGUUGGACUCGAUGGCCCUUGUGGUCUCCUCCAACUCUAUGAUUCUAUGAUUCUAAUCUGUUUUGCAUUACUUUCUAUGGGAAAGUGCGGCUUGGUUUUGGAACGCUUUGGGUUUGGAACAGACUUCCAAAAUGGAUUAAGUCUGAGAACCAAGGUACCAGUGUAUAUAGAAAUGAGCAAACCAGUGAUAUUUUAGGGAGCAGGCUAGCAGGCGGAGCCCAUUACUUACAUCAUAGGAGUCUACACAACACAAAACACUGUUGCUGUAUGUAGGUUUUAUUUUAUUUGUUUUUUAUCUUAUAUUUUGGAAAUGUACAUCCAGGUUCUUUUCCUUUCAAUUUUUUUUUGUGGCUCCCAAGAGAGUGCAGCCUUAAGCUAUAGCUUGUUUAGGUUAUGCAUAAAUCUGGCACUGCAAGUGGUUCAGCAGUGGAAUCUUAUUUGAGCACUGGGAUCUGAUGGGGAUGGGAUAGAAAUCCCAUUAGGUUAGGAUUUCAAUGCAAACCUACCUGCUUUGCACUGCCUAAAACUGUAUGCAAAAAUGAAACGCAGUGGUCUGAAUUUUGUGAUGCAGUUCUCCAGCCAAAUAAUGUGUACAAAAAUGUUAUAUUGGGGAGGGGGGAUGUGUGCAUAAAAAAAAAAUGAAAAUAUAUUUAAAAAAUAGCAUGAACUGCAUCGUUUUAGGGUAAAUUGCUUGCAAAAAAAGCCCUAACAUGUUGAUGAUUUUUCACGAGCUUUUUUUUAAAAAAGAAACAAACUGAUCCAGAACAGUGAAGAACUAACAUAAGACUGGAAACUGGGAUAAAUUGGAAGCGAUAGAUUCAUCCAUCCCUAGAGACUGCUGACACCAUCAAACUUUGAAGGCAGCAUAUUAGGGAAUGUCGUACGCAAACUGGGGGGGGGGGGAAUGUCCCCAUUGGCUGCUAUGGUGUCUGGCUGUGUCCACAGAUAAAGACUUGGCCAUCUCUGGCAACUACCAGGCUGUGCCAUAUGGAGGCAGCCUCUCACCUUUGCAAGAAGGAACAAACUAACAGCAGCAUCAAUGUGAUUCCCGCCCCCACCAGGUGAAGAAUGCUGCUGCUGCUGGAGCCAAAGGGGUCAUUUUAUACUCCGACCCAGCUGACUCUUGUGCCCCUGGAGUAGAGCCUUACCCAGCAGGGUGGAAUCUUCCCGAAGGUGGAGCUCAGCGUGGGAAUGUCCUGAUUCUGGAUGGUGCUGGGGACCCCCUCACGCCAGGGUAUCCCGCCAAAGGUGAAUGAGACUGAAAAUCACACUGCUUUAUUUUGCAUUCCCCCAUUGCAUUAGAGGGAUACAUUCUGAAAUGUGGUUAACCGGGGAUUGGGAAAAAUGGCAAGACAAUGCCAUAAGGUGAUAUAUGUUUGAAAGGAUAGUGGAGAUUGCGGAUUAUAAUCGCAGUUCUGUAUCCCAGAUUUAGGGACACGGGUGGCGCUGUGGGUUAAACCACAGAGCCUAGGACUUGCCAAUCAGAAGGCUGGCGGUUCGAAUCCCCACAACGGGGUGAGCUCCCGUUGCUCAGUCGCUGCUCCUGCCCACCUAGCAGUUUGAAAGCACGUCAAAGUACAAGUAGAUAAAUAGGUACCGCUCCGGUGGGAAGGUAAACGGCGUUUCCGUGCGCUGCUCUGGUUCGCCAGAAGCGGUUUAGUCAUGCUGGCCACAUGACCCAGAAGCUGUAUGCCGGCUCCCUCGGCCAAUAAAGUGAGAUGAGCGCCACAACCCCAGAGUCAGUAACAACUGGACCUAGUGGUCAGGGGUCCCUUUACCUUUAUCCCAGAUUUAAACUGGAUUUGCAGUGUUUCCUCUGCUCGGGAAAAUCUGGGAAUGUAUUUUUUUUUCCCAUUCCUCAGAAAAGUUUAUUUGUGUAUGCCACUGCUGCAGCCCAUGUUUUGUUAGCCCCAAAAUGGAAAAUUAGCAAGGUCCUAACUAAAGAAGAAUGGCAAUUUAAGCUGACAGAAUAUGUGCAGCUUGCAGAUUUGCCGUAUAGAAUAAGAGAACAAGAAGAAUGCGCGUUUAGAGAAGGUUGGAAAACGUUUAUUGACUAUAUGGAGGGAAAUUGUGUACACUUGGAAACGUUGGCAGCAUCAAGAUGAAUUCAGCAGUGUAAAUAAGCUUUGAUAGAUGUAAUAAUGGAAUGCUGAAUGGUUUAGUUUAUGCAAAAUAUGCAGGGGGUUAUGAUAUACAAAAUGAACCAUGGAAAGAUAAGAAGGGAAGUCAUUGAUAUUUUAACGAUGUUUAAAUGAGUAUUCUAAAUUGUAAAACAGAAAAUUUAAUAAAAAUGAGAGAGAGAGAGAGAGAGAGAGAGGAAGCCAGGGCUCUCUAGAAGGAUGGGGAAGAGGUAGCCCACCAGAUACACCAGCAGUUGCCCCUCCUUUUCCUUUCCCAUCAUGCACCAGCUUCAGUAUGGAGAUCUUUUCUUAUGGGGCAUUUUAUGCAGAUCAGGAAGCGCAAGGAACAGGCUAGACUGCAGAAUGCUGGAGAAAUAUUUUUAGUGGGAACAAAAACGCAUGCGCUCCCUAUGACCACCUCACUUUGAUAAGAUAAGCCCAAGCCUGCACCCACUGAAACUCUAAAGGGCUCUGAGAAAGAGGCAGAAACAGUGGAAAUGUCUUUCACAGGGGGAAAGGGGGUUUGAGAAGUUGGAGCACAGUAAGCAAACAAUAUUGACAGUACCAAACCAUCUGCCAAUGAGUGGUUCCUUUUAUAUGACAAACCUGCAGGCAAGGUUUCUUGCUUUUAACUUGGCUGGCAAGGAGUUUGAAGCCCUUCGUAAUUAAGCAAUAUUAUAAUUAAAUACCUGGGGUGAUACUCCAAAACAUUUCUCUUCAAAGGAACUGCUAAUGGUUUCCGGUAGCUGCCAGACUUCCUAUUGCACACACAAAAAAUGGAAGAACUUAAAUGAUGUGCCUCUUGAUCAUUGUGGCAUAAGAACUUAUGAAACCUCGGAAUUGCUGAAAAGAUAACUCACGGGAUUCAUGUGGUGGAAGGCAAAGAACCAGCAGAACAAUUUUAUGCAACUUGGUGGGACUUUUUCAUCCUUACCUGCACCUAAAAAAAGAAAUACGGUCCUCCAAAAUUAUGCUUUUGUUUAAUGUAUGUAUACUUACCGUUGUUGCAUAAGCAACUUUCUGGUGACUUUCUGCAUACUUGUGUUGGAAACUUAAUUAAUUUAUUAAUAAGCGAGCAAUGUUGUAAUUAUUAAUUUCAAUAUUUCCCCACCCCACCCCUUGACCCAGAGUACACCUACCGCUACGAUGAAGCCCAGGCGACAGCCCAGUUGAACAUUCCUGUCCACCCUAUCGGUUACCAUGAUGCUGAGAUGUUGCUGAGGUAAGCAUACCUGGUGGUUAACAUUUACAGGUUUAGUCAAUUCCACAAUCAGCUUUGUGGGCCAGCAUGGAGGGUUUCAUUCACCUUGCUCCCACCCAGCCCGGGCACCAACAGAUGCACAACACCACUGGUGUUUACUCCCAAAGCCUAUAUAAAAAAUGGCAAAGGACCGUACAGUCUAUUUACAAUUGUUUGUCUCUCCCCUGCCCCCGCCCUUAUAUUGCUUUCAGGUAGGCAAAGUUCUUGCCCUUCCACAGUGGUGAAACAUAUCUGAUACAUAAACCACUGAGCCUCUUGGGCUUGCCGAUCGGAAGGUCGGCGGUUCGAAUCCCGCAAUGGAGUGAGCUUCCAUUGCUCUGUCCCAGCUCCUGCCAACCUAGCAAUCCGAAAGCACACCAGUGCAAGUAGAUAAAUAGGUACUGCUGUGGUGGGAAGGUAAAUGGCGUUUCCAUGCACUCUGGUUUCUGUCACAGUGUUCCUUUGUGCCAGAGCAGUUUAGUCAUGCUGGCCACAUGACCCGGAAAGCUGUCUAUGGGCAAACACCGGCUCCCUCGGCCUGAAAGCAAGAUGAGCGCCGCAACCCCAUAGUCACCUUUGACUGGACUUAACCGUCCAGGGGUCCUUUACCUUUACCUACGUAUCAAACUCCUUUCCUAUGUGAUGUUUGCCCUAAUGCAUGGCUGUGUUUUGUCUUGACUCAAUCAACUGUGAUUUCUGUACUUGCCUUGCCAAUUACGGGAUUGUUCGUCUGCUUGCAGAGCCUGAUUUCUGUGUAAGGGUAAGAUCUGCAGUGCUGUGAAAGCAUAAAUAUGCAGGCUAGCAAAGCUUUCCAUUUCUCAACAGACUGUCAUUUUUCCCCAGCACUACAAAAAGGGUCAGGCUAGUCAGUUAAACAAACACCACACCCUUGAUUCACUGAGAAGCCAUGCAUUCGUCACUGAACAAAGUAGAACCCACAUAUACCCAAGUGACUUGUUUAUUUUUGAAAUGGCUCAGAACAGAGCCAUUGAGAUUCCAGAGCAUGGCUUGGCUCCAAGACGUCAAUCUCCAGUAAGCUAAUGCCAGUUAAAAUCCUAAAUGUCCAGUUUUGAGCAAAAGGUUACCUUGUGCGUCUACCCACAGUGACUGACAAAGCCAGCCGGGGUUACAGUUCCCAGGCUGAGACUUGUUCCUUGACGCUGGAGGAGUCCAUCUAAGGAUAUGGGGGCAACAAAUAAUGACAAAUUAUAGGAAAAUUAAUAGGGAGGGAGGGAGGAGGAUGGACAGAAAACAGGGAAACAGCUUUCAAAAAAGCUAUUUCACUUCAAGCAUCAAGGAAGCUGAUGGGAAAGAGACUUAUCUGCACUAUACUUAAAGAGUCCUUGUGUUAGAACAAUUAGUUAUAAGAGAGAUCAUUCUUUUUUAAAAAAAACAAACAAAAAACAUUAAGAGAACACUCUGUGCUGGUACAUGUUUUUCAGCCUUUCCCCACUUUUCCUUGUCUUACAAAGGCAGAAACCUUGAGCCAAAAAGAGAGAAAGUCAAGGGGUGGGAGAGGAAACCAGGGCUUAAUACGGCAAACAAAAAGGUCAUAGAAUCAUAGAAUUGUAAACCCCAAGAGUCAUGAUUUUAAGAUGAAGAGUCUCAUGCUUUACCGACUGAGCUUUCCUAGCAGCUUCUGAGAUGAAGUUCUCAAAUAUAUUUUCAAAGAACACAUUCCCCUCUUUUCCUAAACGGAUCGUGAACUUUAUUCUCACUGUGGCAAGUCUGGGGUUCUUGAAGUAUGUGGUCCAUUGUGUAACUCACAGCCCCUUUUCUGCAACUCCAUCCUAGGCGCUGCCCCCUGCCCCAGGUUAAGCUAUAAUGCUAAACCUGCUUAUUAGGAAGCAAACCACAUUGACCACAGUGGGAUUUCUUUCUCACUUAGACAUGCAUUGGGUUAUGUUAUAAUAAUAAUAAUAAUAAUAAUAAUAAUAAUAAUAUUUUAUUUAUACCCCGCCCUUCUCGGUUCAAAAACCAGGCUCAGAGCAGCUAGCAACAAAUUUAAAACACUUAAUUAUAAAAGCAGCAUAAAAUACAGUAUAAAAACCUGAAUAACAAUAAAAUUCAAAAAUCAAUUUAGGGGAAAUAAGCAUUAGAUAAUCCCCAGGGCUAGCUGGCUGAAUUGGACCUACUUGGGCCAAUGAGGAAGCCAGGGGAGAAUUAGCUGUGGGGUCUCAGAGCGGGUGAUCUUCAUAAAAGGGGAGGGAAGAGAAGGGAAAUAAAUGAUCAGGCUGAAUUCAAAUUAAAGGCCAGGCGGAAUAGCUCUGUCUUAGAGGCCUGACGGAAGGAGGUUAAAUCCUGCAGGGCCCUAGUCUCAUGGGACAGAGCAUUCCACCAGGUCGGAGCCAUCACUGAAAAGGCCCUGGCCCUGGUGGAGGAUAGUCUCACUUCCUUAGGGCCCGGGACCUCUAAACUAUGGUUAUUCAUGGACCUUAAGGUCCUCUGCAGGGCAUACCAGGAGAGGCGGCCCCAUAGAUACGUUAUGUUGCCAUAGAAUCCUAGUUGGAAGGAACCUGAAGAUCAUCUAGUUCAACCCCCUGGGAUUCAGCAAUCUUUCACCAAAUGUGGGGCUUGAAUCCACAACCCCCUAGGUUAAGAGUCCCAUGCUCUACCAACUGAGCCAUGAGUGAUCUUGUCAAUGCAUGUCUACAUGGUUCUCAGCCACAUUAUUGCACUAGGAAGAUUUUUGCUUGCAGUCUUCCCACAGAGAUUUGGUUGGCUGCUAGUGGGAAGUAAAAGACGAGCUUGUCAAAGCCUCAAUGACACACUGGGCAAUAGAUAUAGGUCAUGAUAUAGAUUUUAACCUCUGGGAGAGGGGACUCUGGAAAAGCGAUUUGAAGUUCACAGCAUGUUACUCUUUGGAGGAGAACUACUUGAAAAUGAUUUACAGAUGGUGUUGAACUCCGAGUAGGCUUGCUAAUACGUAUAAGGCUGAAUCAGAUAAGUGCUGGAGAUGUAAUGAGUUUGAGGGAACGAGAGCCAGUGUGGUGUAGUGGUUAAGAGCAGUAGACUCGUAAUCUGGGGAACCGGGUUCGAUUCCCUGCUCCUCCACAUGCAGCUGCUGGGUGACCUUGGGCUAGUCACACUUCUCUGAAGUCUCUCAGCCUCACUCACCUCACAGAGUGUUUGUUGUGGGGGAGGAAGGGAAAGGAAAAUGUUAGCCACUUUGAGACUCCUUCAGGUAGUGAUAAAGCGGGAUAUCAAAUCCAAACUCUUCUUCUUCUUCUUCUUCUUCUUCUUCUUCUUCUUCUUCUUCUUUCACAUGUGGUAGACUUGUAAAAGGGUAAAAGAGUACAGUGGACGCUCGGGUUGCGAACGUGAUCCAAACGGGAUGCACGUUCACAACCCGCAGUGUUCACAACCCAUGUCUGUGCGUCUGCGCAGGCGCGGGUUGCAAUUUGGCGCUUCUGCGCAUGCGCAACCACCGAAACCUGGAAGUAACCCGAAAAAACGCAAAUUGAAGCGUCUGUAAUCCAAGGUGUGACUGUACUAGGGAAUGAUCCAUAAUGAAUUGAAAAAAUGUUUAAAAGUACUUCCCCUCCCCCCUCCAAAAAAACAGAGUCCUUUCUUUUGGGGAUCAUUCAGACUGAAAUCCCCAGGUGUCAAAAAACUUUAUUUAUGUAUGCCACUACUGCAGCCCGUGUUUUGUUAGCCCCAAAAUGGAAAAUGAGCGAGGUCCCAACCAAAGAAGAAUGGCAACUUAAGUUGACAGACUAUGCGCAGCUUGCAGCCUUAACAUAUAGAAUAAGAGAACAAGAAGAACAUACGUUUAGAGAAGAUUGGAAAACAUUUAUUGAAUAUAUGGGAAAUAACUUAAUGCUGACAGAUUAAGAUAAGAUCAACAGUGUAAAUAAGGUAUGAUGGAUGUAAUAAUGGAAUGCUGAAUGGUAUAGUUUCUGUAAAAUAGGCAAUGAUUUAUGAUAUGUAAAAUGAACCAUGGAAAGAGAAGAAGGGGAGUCAUUGAUAUUUUAAGGAUGUAAAAAUGAGUGCUUUAAAUUGUAAAAAAGAAUUUUUUAAAAAAUAUUAUAUACAAACAUUUGGUUGGUUGCUGUGAAAACAGGAUAUUGGACUAGAUGGGCAAAAUACCUUAUCCAGAAGGCUCUUUUUUAUGUUCUGAUGUUGCUUAUGGCACAGAAGGGCAUAAACAGGGAGGGCAAUUUAUCCCUUUUAGGGAGAACUCGACAUCUGAGUGGCACCACAGCAGUAAAGGCCCUACUCUGUGCCUUAGCAGUUCUGACAUUGGAACACUACUAAAUUUGGAUCAAGACCUUAUUUGAUGGUGUGAGGAUAUAGGGAGGUGAAAGAGAGAAGUUUUUCCCCUUAGAUAUGAAGAUCCCGAGCCAUUAAAGAGAGGGGGAAGUUGCUUGAGUCUGGGUGUUAAUAGGGAAGGAGUGCAAAUAUUUUAAAACUGGUGAGACAUGUUUUUUGUGAAGCCAACUCCAUUCUGUGAUGCGCCAUUCUGUGCUAGCAGAAUUUUCUUAAGGGAAUGUAUAAAAUUAUGGCAUAAUCAGAAGUAUACACACAGCCCUUAAUAAAAUAAAUGGAAGUGGGAUUUUGGAGGGAGGAUUUCUGAUGAGACAUGGAAAUGAGUUUGGUGGCUGGUCCCUUCCAAAAUUCCACGUCUUUAUCAUGAAAAAAGCUUCUACAAAGCUCUUGUUGAGUUGUUAUCUUAAAGAAUGAGCUACCUAUUUCCAGAAGUUGAAGAUAAAUAUUGGGUAUAUUGAGGCGUAAGAGCUGACUUUGUACUUAUUUUGAGGAAGUGUGCUGGUAUUUUUAUUUUUAUAUUUUUAAAAAAGAAGCAAGGUCAAGAAAAUGAAAGGAUAUUGAUUAACUCCUGUUCUGAUAGUUAUCUUGUUUGGCAAUCUUAAAAGUGAAGUAUUGGAUGGAGAUGGAUAAAUGAUUGCUGCGCUGGCCAACUGCUGUAUAUAGAUAAGCAAUCAGCCAUAAGUGCAGACAAAAAGUACCCUCUAUUAAUCAGAGAUCCAUUGAGCAGGAUAUAGGCCGUGAAAGCAGGAUUUAUGUUGAAAAUGACUGACAGUAUUAAAUAUAGAGAAGGCAGGCAAAGGAAGUAAAAGUUUCAUUGGGAAAAUGGCCAGUGGUUAUUAUUGUACUGGAACAGAUAAUGUGCAACCAUAUAGCUUAUUUUGGUGUUCUGUAAUCCUAUGUUAUUUUCUUCGUUUUCUCCUCCUCCUUUAUAUGGAAACUGUAUAUAUACAGGAAUCGUAAAGUUACUUUUUCAUUUCAGGUUUUUUUCUUUCUUUUUCUUUUGCCUUGCUCGUUUCUGCAUUACAGACUUUUGCAUUCCAGAUUUUGCUUCAAAAAGUAAUAAGGGGAAAACGAUGCACUGUUCUGCAUUGGUAUUCUAUGGCUUGGGAACUAUCUUCAAGGGGAGAUCCACAAGGAGUACAUUGUAGUAAUCUGUGUUGGAGGUUCCUAAGGUCUUGUUUCUCGGGUCCUAACACAGAGGGCCUUCUCGGUAGUGGCACCUGCCCUGUGGAACGCCCUCCCUUCAGAUGUGAAGGAAAUAAGCAGCUAUCCUAUCUUUAAAAGGCAUCUGAAGGCAGCCCUGUUUAGGGAAGUUUUUAAUAUUUAACGCUGUAUUUUUAAACACUUGAUUGGAAGCAGCCCAGAGUGGCUGGGUAAACUCAGCCAGAUGGGUGGGGUAUAAAUAAUAAAUUAUUAUUAUUGUAUGGUGUCCCUGUGCCAAAAGCAAUAGUGUCCAGUGGAACCAUCCCAUGCCUCCAAAACUGCCUCCUUUCACUCCUCCAAGAAGUACCGAUGGCCACCAACUUAGGUGGUUUUGUAAGAGGGUUAGACAAUUUCCUGUGGCUACUUCCCAUGCUGACUGUGUUUCACAUCCUCUGUUGGAAGCAGUAGGUCUCUGAAUACCAGUUGCUGGAAAGAGUGGCGGAGGAAGGAUGAACCGCCCGGUGACGCAUGCGCGGCAGCCUGUACGCAAGCGGCAGCCCAUACGGACACUAUGUGGACACGCCCUGAAUGGCACCCACACUGACUGCAUGCGCACCCUCCGCCGCUCUACAGCUGGGGGGAGGCAGCGGGCCAUCUUGUCACUCCUCCCCAGCACCCCCUCCGCCCCCCACUUCGUACACCCCUGGCUGGAAAUCACAAAUAGGGUGAAUUUAGGUCCUGCUUGCAGAUUCCCCAUAGACAUUUGGUCAGUCGCUGUGAGAACAUGAUUCUGGACUGGAUAGGGAUUUGUAUUGAUCCAGGAAGUCUCCUCUUAAGUUCUUGUGUUCUUUAUGGUCGCUGGUAAGAUUGGGUUUUCCUCUUCUCUCUUGAUCCUUCUGCAGCAGAUGGGUCUUCCUAGUGGAUCACCCAUCUCUAGCCGAAGGCAUUCUAGGAAACAAGGUCUUCCACCCUGUGGCACUCAGCUGGCAAGUGAUCUUCCAGACAAAACAACCCACGACCAAGUUUGAAAGCUUGGUUAUGCCUGAAGUCUUUUCGCCUUCCGGUUUUUAUUUGCCAAUCAUCACCCUAUGGGGUUUCGCAGUUACAAAAUGGAAGUGCCAAAAGAGGGACUUGGGGGAAAAAAUAUUCUGGAAGCCUACAUGCCAGAAGUUUCUUCAGUUUUGGAAUUUUUGUAAGGAGGAUCACACAAUUGCUCCUACUUCUUUCUGGGAUGGAUGUCAACUGUAAUGUUAUCUUUUUCCAACAGGGACAUGGGAGGACCACCCCCGCCAGAUGACAGCUGGAAGGGAAACCUCUCUGUGCCUUACAACGUUGGGCCAGGCUUCAUAGGAAGUUCUUCAAAAAGGUGGGAGGAGAAUAUAAUCUUGUGAUGUUGAGGAAAUGGUCAAUAGGAAAAUGGAGCCACAGAACCUGCACUGAAUAAGAAAGGUUUAGUUGGUUAGGGUAGUGUAGGCUGUCUGUCUGUCAAUCCUCCUUGUUUGGGAUCAAACAAAGAUCCCACCUUAUUGUACUUGUAUGAGCCUACCUGAACUUUAUUUAUUUACUUAUAUGCCACCUUUUCCCUGACGGGACUCAAGGCAGCUUACAUAUAAACUCAAGAACCACUAAAAACAUGGAAAAAUCAAUCAUUAAAAUACAAUUACAUAUUGAUGGGAUUAAAAUGAUGUGCAUAUAUAAAACUUGUUCAAAACAUACCAAUAAUUACAAUAAAAAAACAGCACGGCACCAGCCCUUUAAUGGAAAGCAUUCAGUUCCCAAAAUCCUGUUGGAACAAAAAAAUAUUCACUUGCUGGAAGAACAAUAAGGAGGGAGCAAAUCAAUAGCUUCUCUAGGGAGGGAGUUUCAAAGUCUGGGAGCAGCCACUGAGAAGAUCAUUGUUUGUACUUCUGCUUUCUGGCUGACUGGUAGAAAGGUAAAGGUAAAGGACCCCUGGAUGGUUAAGUCCAGUCAAAGGAGGCUGUGGGGUUGCGGUGCUCAUCUCGCUUUCAGGCCGAGGGAGCCAGUGUCAUGUGGGUCACAUGGCCAGCAGGACUAAACUGCUUCUGGCAGAAUAGAACGCCGUGAGCACACAGAAACGCCGUUUACCUUCCCACAGUGGUACCUAUUUAUCUACUUGCACUGGCGUGCUUUUGAACUGCUAGGUUGGCAGGAGCUGGGACAGAGCAAUGGGAGCUCACUCCAUUGCGGGGAUUCGAACCACUGACCUUCUGAUCGGCAAACCCAAGAGGCUCAGUGGUUUAGGCCACAGCGGCACCCUUUACCUUUUUGACCCAUAGAAGAUGCUAGAGUAGCAGAUACAUAAACAGGGUCUUCUCGGUGGUGGCCCCUCAACUUUGGAAUUCCCUCACUAGGGAAAUAUAUAUGACCUCAUUGCUGCUGGUUUUGCAUAUGACCUCAUCAUUGCUGGGACUUCCGCUUUCUUUCUUCCCUCUGCAGCCCACAGCACCCCCUUCCCCUCAGAUCUGCUUCAAAUGGUCGCCUCAAACCCUUCAAAGCACUUUGGGUGGGGCGGGAUGGGGGGACUGCAGAGGGAAGGGGAAUCCAUUCUGCCAACAAUUUCUGUUUCGCUGAUGGAUGCUUACAUGUUGGACUCCAUCUAGAAAGAUGAGCACACAGGUUCAAAAAAAAAAAGUGGCUCUCAUCUGGUGUUAAAACUAAGUCCACCUUCUGAAAAUGAUAUUUUGUAAUUUAUACAGGACUAUAACUGUGCAGAAUUUCAGCCUUAAUCCGUUCUGACCUUAAAGUCUAAAACAUGCAUUUAUUUCUUAACCUGACACUUGAUUUUUUUAUAUAUAUUGCACUUGCAUUAGCAAAGUCAAAAUGCAUGUCCACAGCAUCAAAGAAGUAAGAAGAAUUUACAAUGUGAUCGGUACUCUCCAAGGUGCAACAGAGCCAGGUAAAGCCAUUCCCUUGCUCACGUUCUUUGUGGGAUCAAGCCAGCAGAAGGGUUGUAGUUCAGAGGUAGAAUGCAUGGUUUGUAUGAUAAAUGCUCCUGGCAUUCCUGUGUAGAGCUAAGAAAGGCUUUCAUCUGAAAUCUAGGAAGUCCUUUAAAUUUAGACAGUCCUCCAGACCAGAUGGACCAAUGAUCUGACUCCUGAUUUAAUAAUAAUGCUAUAUUUUCCUAAUACAGUUGUACCUUGGUUCUUGAAUGGAAUCUGUUCCGGAAGCUCAUUAGACUUCCGAAAACGUUCGGAAACCAAGGCACAGCUUCCGAUUGGCUGCAGGAGCUUCCUGCACUCAAUGCCAUGCAAUAACCUAUAAAAUAAAUCCAGUGAAACAACAGUAAAAACUUCAGUGGCAAAAAAGUACUAUCAUAGACACCAUAAUCGUCAUAAUCCAUCAGAUGCUUGCUAGAAGAUGCUGAAGGAAAUUAAUGAUGGUGCCUGGUUGGUGCCUUUUUGGGGACAGCAUUAGACAUGCAGGGAGCCACAACUGAAAAGGCCCCCUCGCUUUAAACUUCCCUCAGAGGCGGAAGAGGGACCUCAGAUUGAAGGGUCUAGGUAGGUAUGUUCUGAAGAUAUGUUCUGAAAGAUAUCGAGGUCUUGAGUCAUGCAAGGCUGUCUAGUCAAAACCACUUCAUUUAUUUGUUUUUAUCCUGCUAUUCCUCUUUUCAUCAUGGAACCAAAGUUUAGCCAUCCUUCAAAAUCCACACGUCUCCAAAUUGAAGCGCACUUCUCCAGCUACAGAAAAAUGUGCUACAGAAAAAAGGCACAUACUGGGGUGAAGUGUGCAUUUAAAUGCAUUUAACAUAGUGUAAUGGGUUUAGGGGUUGCUCGUGCGUAAGUUGCCGCCACUCCUGGCUAGGUUACCUGGUUGAACCCUUUCUGACCAGACAGCCUCUAGCUCCGUGGCUGUCUCAGUCGCUGGCAGAAUCCGUCAGUGGGCGUUUCUUAAACUUCUUCCAGCACAAAAGUUCUUUGACGCCUAGUCUCCGCCUAGUCUCCCUGCGCGGAAGCCUUCUGCGCAGGGAGGGUGUGGGCAGCGGAGGACCCGUACUCUCUCCGCUGGUCUCCGGCGAGGAGUCUUGGAGCCUCCUCUCCGAUUCCCCCAUCUGCCCCCCUUCUCUACUGGUGUUACGCUGAUUUCCUUCCCCAGCGGACGGGCUGCCUCUCUCCCUACUGGGACCCUCUCCGGCAUCCCUCUGGAGCUUUCCCUCUGCCUCUAGCUCCGAUGGCAGUUCCCUGACACAUAGCCUAUAAAAAUGCAAUUUAUUAGGGGGAAUGUCUCUGCAAAAAUGUAGAUCAGACAAAACGGCAUAUAAAAACGUACACUAGGGGAAAGUGAAACUAAAAUGCUGGUGAAUUUUCAUGAGGACUUUUUAAAUCAAAUUGCAAACUGAUGUGGGAACGGAACGAAAGAUUGGAAGGAUGAGAAAGGGAAACCAAAAUGGUCAGAUCCUCUCAUCUCUAGCUCCAGAUUUUCCUCAGAGGGGCCCUCAAGUAGAACUCUCGCUGUGAUUUAUUGCUCCCAUUUAAAAAUUAAUCCUCAUUUCCAUUGAUCCAGACAGGUACGUUAUCCUAGGUGGUCACCGAGACUCUUGGGUAUUUGGUGGGAUUGACCCGCAGAGCGGAGCGGCUGUUGUUCAUGAAAUUGUCCGAAGCUUUGGAAAGCUGAAGCAGCAAGGUGAGAAUAGAAGAAUGCAGAACCUAAAAAUCUGUCAGUUCGAGGAUCCAUCCAUCCAUCCAACAUCUCGUCUUCCUGUGUGCUGUUCUACAGGUUCUUCUACCCCCUAUUCUGAGGCAUUUUUGAGGGGUGCACAGGGAGGAGGAGAUGGAGGGGAAAGCCUAGGCUUCUACUAGCAGAACUUGGUACUUGAGUCCAGCCCAGUCAUAGGUGCCAAUUCCCUGGGGCACCCGCACAAUUCCCGAGCACCCACAAAAUUCCCCAUGAAGGGGCUGGGUUGUCGUGCAUGAAGGGGGAGCAGGAAAAAACUUAAACAUGUAGCAGAGUUUCCCUAAAAAAUAGACCAGAGGCAAUUGUACUUCAUCCCGCAGAGCUUUACUUGCUACUGAAGGUGAGUAGCUGUGCCAAAAUGCCGGAGGAGCCUGGGCCCAUAACCUGUCGUCCAUGAAGGGGAAGCAGGAAAAAACUUAAACACAUAGCAUUUUCUGUACGUCCCCUGUACGGACAACACUGCGACACACAUCCAGUGAAGCUGUGUGCAUGCUUUAGCAGAGUUCUGCAAGUAGCCAGGCGGUGAAGAAAUGUGGCAUCACGAUUUUAUUAUUUACAGCAAAUUAAAACAACAAAACAUGGCUGGUGUGAACAGCAUCUCUCACACACGUCUUCUCUGUCGGAGAGCAGAGAACAAAAAGCAAAGACGAAAAGCACAAAGAAUGGAACUUCUCUAGUCUGAGUUCCGUUCCCAUACUUACAGCAGUAUGGAAUGUAAACAUGGAAUCAUAUGACCCAGCAAUGGGAGAAUGAAUUACAGUCAUGGCUCAUGUUACAUCCGCUUCAUGUUACGUUCUUUCAGGUUACGUCCCCUGGCAAUCCGGAAGUACUGGAAAGGGUUACUUCUGGGUUUUGCCGCUCGCGCAUGCGCAGAAGUGCAAAAUGACGUCAUGCGCAUGCGCAGAAGUGGCGAAUCGCAACCCACGCGUGCGCUGACACGGCGCUGCGGGUUGGUUUCUUUUCAUGUUGCGAACGGGCCUCCAGAAUGGAUCCCGUUCGCAACCAGAGGUACCACUGUACUGACAUCCAUGGGCACCUAUGGCACCCACAGCCCUGAGCACCCAUGGUUGCGGGACCAAGCUGCCACUCCUGAGCCCCAUUGUUUAUGAGCCCAGCUUCUUCAAAUAAACCAUAGGUAACAACUGACCAUAGUUCCUGGUUUGGACAUAACAAAAACCCACAGCUGAAAGUGGAAAUGGUUGCUUCCACCUCCCGGAGCCAAGUGCGAAAUACUGGCAUGGGUGGGAUGCAAUACAUUCAGCCAUGCAGCCAAUCACCUUUUGGACCCUAUAAUCCAUACACUGGGAUGUUCUGCAUAUAUGAUUCUACAUCUGGGAUAGUAAAGAUUGGGCGUCUAAUGUAAGGUUGGGGAAAAGGUUCCUCUUUUUAUUCUCGUAUGAUCUACAUCUUCCCUGCCACCCCCUGGUGUAAACACUGUGUAACAAAAUAGGUUUAUCUGUUUAAUUAGUUUAUCACUUUGUAAAAUGAGUUCUGUAGGACAGCAGUUCAAAUUCUGCGCGCGGGGGCGGGGGGACCUGAAUUCUGCAACCUGAAUAAUUGAUGACAAUAGAACACAUUAGGGCAAUAUCCCCCUAUUUAGACAUAAUUUAUUCUGGUUUGGGCUAUCUUGGGGAUGUGAUUUUGGGUAGAGAUUUUUUAUGUAUCUUUUUACUUUAUUGUGUGUGUGUUUCGAUCUGUCUAAUAUGCAAUGCAAUGUAGCAACAUGCAGAAUCUUUGCAAGGAAAGGCCACAGCUCAGCAGCAGAGCAGAAGGUCCUGGGUUCAAAUCACAGCAUCUCUAGGUAGGGCUGGGAGAUACUCCUGCCUGAAAUCCCGCAGAGAUGCUGCCAGUCAGUGCAGACAAUGCUGGGGUAGAUGGAGCAAUGGUCUGCCUUGGUAUAAGGCAGCUUCUUAAAAUCCAAAACGAAACAAAAAUUGAAGCAAAAAUCCUUGCAGUCCAGAGGGUUCCAGUCUUUUUUCAUUAUUUCCUGGAACAGUGGCAAUCCUACAUGCACUGAGAUUGCUCAGGUCUGAUUGAAAUCAAUGGGAUUUAAGCAGCCACAAGGACUGACAAGCAGAAAAGAACAGUGCAUGUAAAUGUCUUGCCUUUGAAUUGUUUUAUUGAUGAUGGAGAGGCUUUAAGGAACAAUGGCUUGUUGUUGUUGUUGUUAAAUAACCAAGUCAGAACUGCAAAGGACUUGCUCGGUUUGGUGUGAAUAACAUUUUGCAGAAUAAUACGGCAUCUUAAUGGGUAAAGAAGCAUGAUACAAACCACUCCAGUCGAUAGCAAGCUCAAGGUGUGAGUGGUGAUAGGAAUGUAGCCAAAAUGGGACACUGACAACAUGGCCCUUUUAUAAUAUGUUGGGGGGAGGUUAUUGGGUUGUUGUUAUUGUUGUUUCGAUUAUGUAUUUUGUGGUUUUAUAUUCUGAUUUUAUCCUGUGAACUGCGCUGAAACCUACGGUUAUAUGACGGUAUAAUAAUAAUAAUAGGAGGAGGAGGAGGAGGAGGAAUCAACAUUCCUGAGGGACCCUGAGAUUGGCAGUAGUACAAAAAAUCUGCAAAAGGCACUUCAGAAAGGCAAAACUUCCCCUCCGAAAAAAAUAUGCCUUAGCCCACUGAAACUGAGCCUGUUCAGUAGCCACAAAACGCUGUCAGUUGGAGAGGAAAACAAGCAAACCCAAAGAAGAAGAAGAAGAAGAAGAAGAAGAAGAAGAAGAAGAAGAAGAAGAAGAAGAGGAAGAAGAAGAAGAAGAAGAGGAGGAGAGGAGUUUGGAUUUGAUAUCCCUCCUUUCACUCCCUUUCAGGAGUCUCAAAGCGGCUAACAUUCUCCUUUCCCUUCCUCCCCCACAACAAACACUCUGUGCGGUGAGUGGGGCUGAGAGACUUCAGAGAAGUGUGACUAGCCCAAGGUCACCCAGCAGCUGCAUGUGGAGGAGCGGAGACGUGAACCCGGUUCCCCAGAUUAGGAGUCUACCGCUCUUAACCACUACACCACAUUGGCUUCACAGUGCCACUACCGCUCUUAACCACUACACCACACUGGCUCUUAACCACUACACCACCACAGGGGAUGGGAUGGUGGAAAGCUCUGCUUGAAGUCCUUGCAGCUUGUAGCAUCCUGGAUGAAGGCACGGUUGGUAGACACGCAACCCUGAAUGGGAUUCCCUGUUACAACAAGUCAAGGAGUGUACAUUGAAACAUUCUCUUGCAGGUCCCUCUUGUUAAAUUCUGGUCCUGAUCCCACUCAGAAAAAGGCCUACCUCAAGGUUUUUUUCACCACUAGCUUCAUCCUCUGAUGAGCUGUGUGUGUGUGUGUGUGUGAGAGAGAGAGAGAGAGAGAGAGAGAGAGAGAGAGAGAGAGAGAGCUGGCACAGAAUGCAGUGGCCAGACUGUUGUCUGAGACCAUGGGUAGGCAAACUAAGGCAUGGGGGCCGGAUCUGGCCCAAUCACCUUCUCAAUCUGGCCCAUGGACGGUCCAGGAAUCAGCAUGUUUUUACAUGAGUAGAAUUUGUCCUUUUAUUUAAAAUGCAUCUCUGGGUUAUUUGUGGGGCAUAGGAAUUUGUUCAUUACCCCCCCCAAAAAAAUACAGUCCAGCCCCCCACAAGGUCUGAGGGACAGUGGACCAGCCCCUUGCUGAAAAAGUUUGCUGACCCCAGACCCAGACACACACAUAUUGCACCUGUGCCACGUUUUUCCUGGCUUUUGACCAGCUGUCAAGGUCUUCUAGUUGACAUAUAAUUUCCUUAAGAACUCAAGACCAGGUGACUUGAAAGACCACUUGCCCCUGUAUAGACCUGUGAGAUCAUUUCUGGGGAAAUUAUAUUCAUGGCGUCGCACCCUAUAGAAUCUCACACCGCAGUUAACCCCAAGAAUGGCCAUUUUUUUUGCUGUUGUCCCUAUAUAUUGGUACCUCGGGUUAAGAACUUAAUUCGUUCCGGAGGUCCGUUCUUAACCUGAAACUGUUCUUAACCUGAAGCAUCACUUUAGCUAAUGGGGCCUCCUGCUGCCACCGCACCGCUGGAGCCCGAUUUCUGUUCUUAUCCUGAAGCAAAGUUCUUAACCUGAAGCACUAUUUCUGGGUUAGCAGAGUGUGUAACCUGAAGCGUAUGUAACCUGAAGGGUAUGUAACCCGAGGUACCACUGUACUGUGGAAUUCCCUUUCAGAAUGUCUUCCCUCUGCCGUACACAACACAGCAACCGUUCAUUGCUUCAAACGUCUUGUAAAGCCUUCUUCUUUUGUCUAGGCCAUCUCUGACCCAUAAGAUGGGACCCUGUGUUUCAUGUAUGAAUCCCCUGAAUUUCUGUUUUAGGUGCUUUUUAUUUUAGUUUUAUCUUAUUUGUUUCCGUUUGUAUUUUUGUUUUCAUCAAUGGUGGUUUUUAUAUCUCGCGUGGCAUGCACUGCUGAGGAAGUUUUUGAAAUGCUAAGUGGUUUAGAAACAGUUUUUAAUAAACAAAUAUAUUGUGUUUGUAAUGAUGCUCUCAAUAUCUCAACUGCAGGAUGGAGGCCUAGGAGAACGGUGAUAUUUGCCAGCUGGGACGCUGAGGAGUUUGGCUUGAUAGGAUCUACAGAGUGGGCUGAGGUAAAUCAAUAGGAAGGACAUUUCCAGGUGGUCACUGUCUCUGAGUAGAUUCCAUUCACAUACAGUGACACCUUGCUUCUCAAAUGCCUUGGUACUCAAACAACUUGGAACCCAAACACUGCAAACCUGGAAGUAAGUGUUCUGGUUUGCGAACUUUUUCCAGAAGCCGAACAUGCUCCAUUUUUAGUGUUACGCUUCUGUUUUGAGUGCCACACUUCCGUAUUGAGUGUCUGUUUUUGCUAUUUAUUUUGCUUUUUUGCGGCUCUUUUUGUUUUGUUUUUCUGACUGUGUGAAACUCAGUUCAGCUACUGAUUGAUUAAUUGAUUGUGUGGCUGAAGUACAUUUUAUGGAUCAGUGGUCUUGUUAGAUAGAAAAAUUCACGUUAAAUUGCUGUUUUAGGGCUCGUUUUUAAAAGUCUGAAACGGAUUAAUCCAUUUUGCAUUACUUUCUAUGGGAAAGCGCGCCUUGGUUUUGGAACGCUUUGGUUUUGGAACAGACUUGUGGAACGGAUUAAGUUUGAGAACCAAGGUACCACUGUAGUGCCCAGUUCAGGCUGCAUAGUUACAGCCAAUUUGGAACUCUUGUACAACAAAUGCACGUCCUAAAAAGAUCAGAUUUUUUUGUGGUAAGUAAAAUGCUGAGGAAAUUGGGCUAAUACUAUUCUUGCUGCAGUUGUCACAUAUAAAAAAUUUUUUUAAUCAUGCUUGUGAAUCUCUGUAUCUACUAUACCAAGUAAAAGGGUUUCUGGUUUUUUUACAAAUGUAUACUUCAACAUUUUAAAAAUCUCAUUAUAAAUCAUUUCCCAGAAGUCUUUUAUUUUCUUACAUUCCCACCACAUAUGGUAAAAAGUACCUUCUUUCCCCUUACAUUUCCAGCAUUUAUUAUUUGUUUUGUACAUUUUAGCUAAUUUCAUCUGUAUAUCAUUUUCACCAUGGAGAAAUAUUUUAGGCAUGAACAUGAACAAACAUUUUCUUCAUUUCCAUUGUAGGAAAAUGUCAAAAUACUGCAGGAGCGUGGCGUGGCCUAUAUCAAUGCUGAUUCCUCCAUAGAAGGUAAAAUAUAUGCAAGUUUUAAUAGAGAAUGAGAGGGGUGUGGUCACUGAGUUGUCUUCUGGGGUUAAACUUCAUAAACAUGUAAUCCUUGGGUUGGGGAACAGGUUUUGUUUGCAUUUGCUUGUUUGGGCAGAAUUUGGGAAAUGAUAAUAAUAAUAAUAAUAAUAAUAAUUUAUUUAUUUAUACCCCGCCCAUCUGGCUGGGCUUCCCCAGCCACUCUGGGCGGCUUCCAACAAAACACUAAACUACAAUAACCUAUUAAACAUUAAAAGCUUCCCUAAACAGGGCUGCCUUCAGAUGUCUUCUAAAAGUUUGGUAGUUAUUUUUCGCUUUGACAUCUGGUGGGAGGGUGUUCCACAGGGCGGGUGCCACUACUGAGAAGGCCCUCUGCCUGCUUCCCUGUUACUUGGCUUCUCGCAGCGAGGGAACCGCCAGAAGGCCCUCGGCGCUGGAUCUCAGUGUCCGGGCAGAACGAUGGAGGUAGAGACGCUCCUUCAGGUAUAUUGGACCAAAGCCGUUUAGGGCUUUAAAGGUCAGCACCAACACUUUGAAUUGUGCUCAGAAACGUACUGGAAGCCAGUGUUGGUCUUUCAAGACCGGUGUUAUAUGGUCUCGGCAGCCGCUCCCAGUCACCAGUCUAGCUGCCGCAUUCUGGAUUAGUUGUAGUUUCUGGGUCACCUUCAAAGGUAGCCCCACGUAGAGCGCAUUGCAGUAGUCCAAGCGGGAGAUAACCAGAGCAUGCACCACUCUGGCGAGACAGUAUGUGGGCAGGUAGGGUCUCAGCCUGCAUACCAGAUGAAGCUGAUAAACAGCUGCCCUGGACACAGAAUUGACCUGUGCCUUCGUGGACAGCUGUGAGUCCAGAAUGACCCCAGGCUGCGCACCUGAUUGUUCAGGGGCACAGUUACCCCAUUCAGGACCAGGGAAUGCUUGACACCCGCCCGCCUCCUGUCCCCCAGAAACAGUACUUCUGUCUUGUCAGGAUUCAACCUCAAUCUGUUAGCUGCCAUCCAUCCUCCAACCGCCUCCAGACACUCACACAGGACCUUCACCGCCUUCACUGGUUCUGAUUUAAAAGAGAGGUAGAGCUGGGUAUCAUCCGCAUACUGAUGAACACCCAGCCCGAACCCCCUGAUGAUCUCUCCCAGCGUCUGUAUGUAGAUGUUGAAAAGCAUGGGGGAGAGGACAGAACCCUGAGGCACCCCACAAGUGAGAGCCCAGGGGUCUGAACACUCAUCCCCCACCACCACUUUCUGAACACGGCCCAGGAGAAAGGAGCGGAACCACUGUAUGACAGUGCCCCCAGCUCCCAGCCCCUCUAGAUGGUCCAGAAGGAUGUUAUGGUUGAUGGUAUCAAACGCCACUGAGAGAUCCAGCAGAACUAGGAAACAGCUCUCACCUUUGUCCCUAGCCCAUCAGAGAUCAUCAACCAGUGCGACCAAGGCAGUUUCAGUCCCAUGGUGAGGCCUGAAUCCCGACUGGGGAUCCUGACAUAAAAUGAGCUGUGCUGAAUCUGGCACAAUGUUGUGGUGCAUUCAAACAUGGGGAUUACUGUCUUAGUUUUCCUGGUUGUAAAAAGCUAGUGCUUCUCUCCUGGUUUCUAAUGUCCCUUUUACAAUGCAUUUUAUGGAACUGUGGAUUUUUUAAAAAAAAAAUCAAUAUACCACCAUGACAUGCUAAAUUUCAUUCCCACCAGUGGGUGUAAUGUGAUGCAACAGCAACCUCAUUUGCACUUCUGUUCCUCCACUAAAAUGAAUAUUCGGUCCAUUAAUUUCAUGGCGGUAGAUCUAGACACAGGGGGGAAACCGCGGUAAAUAAGUCGGAAAUUAGAUUGUUAUGACAAAAGAAAGAAAUCUCUAUGGAAAGCCGCGUUUUAAAAUUUCCUGCUCUCUGGCGCCAUCGGGUGUUCCGUAUUCAUAGUGCAUUCAAAUCGCUGUAUCUUUGCUAAUGUAGCUAAGCCCUGGGUUUGAUCUGAAUAAAACUUAGUUGAAUACCACCCAAUAAAGCAUUCAGGCCAGCGAGCAUCAGGAAAUGCAACAUCAUGCAGUGAAACUCAAAAGAGAAGAAGAUAGUAAAUUGAAGGAGUUAAUUUUAUUAGAAAAAUGAACUUGGAGAACUGUUACAAUGUGAUAUAAUGAAAUUCAGUUAGGGAGGAUUUGAGGAAGUCAGUAAACAAUGAAAGUUAAAUUAGGUGGGAGAAACAGGUCUUAAAUUUCUGUUGCCUCCCACAGUUCCAAAUGGCCCCCAACCCUAUGGAAUAGAUUAAGGUGGUACAGGGAUUGCUGUCAACGUUUCCCUUUCUUUAAGGGAAAUUCCCUUAUUCCGAAUAGGAUUCCUCACAAGAAAAGGGAAAAGUUGACAGCUAGAAUCCCCUCCUUUCCCUUCUGUUUAUGGAAGCUGUCCCUUUGAUUGAGCCUUCACUCUUCAUGACCCCAUGGACCAGAGCACGCCAGGCACUCCUGUCUUCCACUGCCUCCCGCAGUUUGGUGAGACUCAUGCUGGUAGCUUCGACAACACUGACCAACAAUCUCAUCCUCUGUUGUCCCCUUCUCUUUCCCAACAUCAGGGUCUUUUCCAGGGAGUCUUCUCUUCUCAUGAGGUGGCCAAAGUAUUGGAGCCUCAGCUUCAUGAUCUGUCCUUCCAGUGAGCACUCAGGGCUAAUUUCCUUCAGAAUGGAUACGUUUGAUCUUCUUGCAGUCCAUGGGACUCUCAAGAGUCUCCUCCAGCACCAUAAUUCAAAAGCAUCAAUUCUUCGGCUUUUCACCCUUCUUUAUGGUCCAGCUCUCACUUCCACACAUCACUACUGGUCAAAUGUGCAUAUGAAUCUUCCAACUCUAUGAUACUAUUCCAUGACUAUUAAAUGGGGCCUGAAUAGGAAAAUCAUGAAGUUGUUUUGAAGGUCUAUAUACAAAUGCACAUAUAGACCUUUAAAACAACUUCAUGAUUUUCAUAUUCAGGCCCCAUUUAAUAGUCAUGGAAUAGAAUCAUAGAGUUGGAAGAUUCUUCCAGCCCAACCUUCUGCAAUGCAGGACCCUCUUGCCCAACGUGGGGCUCAAACCCAUGACCCUAAGAUUCAGUCUCGUGCUCUACCAACUGAGCUAUCUAAAAGACAGUAGAGUGGCAGCUAACCAUGUGGCAUAGUGGUUAGGGUGACGGACUAUGAUCCAGGAGACCAGGGUUCUAAUCCCCACCCGGUUGUGAAGAUCGCUGGGCAACUUUGAUCGAGUCACUGCCUCUCCACCCAACCUACCUCACAGGGUUGUUGUGAGGAUAAAGCGGGGAGGAGAGCUUGACCGUCCCAGAAAAAGGUGUGAUACAAAUGCAGUUAAUUGAUAUUACUUCUCUUUCAGGCAACUACACCCUUCGAGUUGACUGCACCCCGCUGAUGUAUAGCCUGGUAUACAAUCUGACUAAAGAGGUAAAAUAAAAGAAGCAGAGGGGGGGAAAUGAACUCUUAAGAAGAAACAUAAUAGAUUUAUUCAUUUGUUAUAGAUCUCUCCCACGCUUCCUUUUUGGGGAGCCUUGUCUGAUAGAUUUAUUGCUUUAUUGUUUGGCACCCAGCCACACUUCCUCUGCGGGCCUCUGCAGCUUCUGUUUACGCAGUGUAGCUUGAGAGCAGUCGUAAAGCAAUUAGCAGAAUUGCACAGCGUCUGUGUGUCGAAAGGGCAGUAAAUAAGUCCAGACGUUUCUUCUAUCCUAAUAUCUCUUUAUUGGAAAGAAAAUAGCGUAUUUACAGUCCAUAACAGCCACCAGAGUGUAGCUGCAUUUUUCUGCCUCCUCUCUCUCUCCUUGCAGCGGCUGAACUGAAUGCUUUCGAUUUCCACUCAGUUCACAGCAUACCAAGCUGUACUUCCCUUGUAAGCCCGUCCCCUCAAGCACGGGACAUAGAAGGCUUAACCCUUCACUACACCCAACAAGCCUCACCUGAGACCUUCAACCUCCUCCCAUACAUGCAGUGAUCAGUAUCCCAUUGGGUUGGCUUCAAUGACAACUUUUUUAAAAAAUGGGUUUAUUUGGAUUUUCAGAUUAACAUUUUAUAGUCCAACAUACAACAUAAAAACAAGAUUCCAAGGAAUCUCUUGGUCUUCCCUCCUCCCCUUUGUGGGUCCUAUUAUUAAUCAUUUCCUCCUGUAUCUUUUAUAAUAAUCCAAAUCUCUCCACUGUAUCCAAAAUUCACCAUUAAACUGCAAGUCAUAUUCCAAUCCUUCUAGCAAUUUUAACUGAUAUAAUGGUCUGUAAGAUAAGUUAUAAAUUUUCCCCAUUCCUUAUUAAAAUUUUGGUCUUUGGUUUCUGAUUCUUCCAGUCAUUUUAGCCAUUUCAGCAUAAUCCAGCAACUUGAUCUGCCCUUCUUCUCUGGUAGGGACUUUAUCUUCUUUCCAUCUCUGGGCCAGUAACAUCUGCACAGUCGCGAUCGCAAACAUAAAUAGUCCUUUCUGCUCUCUUCAGAUUCCGGCACCUAGAAUUCCUAAAAGGAAAGCUUCAGGUUUUCUAGAAAAGGUUAUUUAAAACAUUUUUUUCAACUCAUUAUAUAUCAUUUCCCAAAAGUAGUCGACACAUUAGUCUUAGAGAAUCACAUGCCACUUCUCUGCUUACUAAGAGCUCCUCCGCAAUUCCACCUGGCAAGCAUGGGUCUGAGCCGUUUUUGCCUUCGUCCCAUCACUUUACCCUGGAAAAUCCUCUCUUUAGCGCUCAACUGGAACAAACAGCAGUCCGCAGGAAACUCGACUGCCGUUUGGUAUAAAGGUAAAGGUAAAGGUACCCCUGCCCGUACGGGCCAGUCGUGUCCGACUCUAGGGUUGUGCGCCCAUCUCACUUAAGAGGCCGGGGGCCAGCGCUGUCCGGAGACACUUCCGGGUCACGUGGCCAGCGUGACGAAGCUGCUCUGGUGAGCCGGCACCAGCGCAGCACACGGAAACGCCGUUUACCUUCCCGCUAUAAAGCGGUACCUAUUUAUCUACUUGCACUUAGGGGUGCUUUCGAACUGCUAGGUGGGCAGGAGCUGGGACCGAACGACGGGAGCUCACCCCGCCGCGGGGAUUCGAACCGCCGACCAUGUGAUCGGCAAGCCCUAGGUGCUGAGGUUUUACUCACAGCGCCACCCGCGUCCCUAAGCUGUUUGGUAUAUUAAGCCCUUAACACUUGGAACCAGUUGAUCUACAAAAUGGCCUGCAGCCACAUGACCACUUCGACUGGUGGAAAUGGCAGUGCUACAGGUGCGACAUAAUAACCUGCUCUGCAUUUGUGAGAACGCUGUCGUUUUGUGUGGCACAGCCUCCACGUUGGAACUCCCUGCCUAUUGAAAUCAAACAGUCCCCUUCUCGGUACUCUCUUCGGCGCCAGCUAAAAACAUUCUCAUUUAGACCAGCCUAUCCAGAGGCUUGGAAACUGGAGGUCAUUUUAAUCUGUUUUAGUGUUUUUAACUUUUGCAUGUUUUAAAGCAGGGUUGUAAAUCAUAGGUAAAGGUAAAGGAACCCCUGACCAUUAGGUCCAGUCGUGGCCGACUCUGGGGUUGCGGCACUCAUCUCGCUUUAUUGGCCGAGGGAGCCAGCGUACAGCUUUUGGGUCAUGUGGCCAGCAUGACUAAGCCGCUUCUGGCAAACCAGAGCAGCUCACGGAAACGCCGUUUACCUUCCCGCCGGAGUGGUACCUAUUUAUCUACUUGCACUUUGACGUGCUUUCAAACUGCUAGGUUGGCAGAAGCAGGGACCGAGCAACGGGAGCUCACCCCAUCACGGGGAUUCGAACCGCUGACCUUCUGAUAGGCAAGUCCUAGACUCUGUGGUUUAACCCACAGCACCACCGGAAUUGUAGAGCUGAAGGGAACACAAGGGUUGUCUACUCCAACCCCCUGCAAUGCAGGAAUCUUUUUGAGCAAUGUGGGGCUCAGACCCACAGCCCUGAGAUUAAGAGUCUCAUGCGUUACCGAUAUUUCUUUAUUUUACUGUUUUAUCUUUCGUAAACCGCUUUGAGGUUACUUACAAUCAAGCAGUGUAAAAAUUUUAGGAAAUGAAUGAAUGAAUGAACACAUUUAUGGAACUCCCAGCUGGGCAAAAAAACCUCAUCUGCCUCUAGCAGUGCAAACUGAAAACUUUUUUAAUUGCUUUGAGAUAUAGCCAUUGUUGUCUCUGACUUUGUUGCUGUUCUGUCUUUGAUUGGCAGGUGCUAAUGUGGUGGUUGUUUUUCAAAUUACUGUUUUGUGAUUGCAUUCCUGUUCUUUUAUAUCACUACCUGCUCUGUGGUCCUUUGGGAAUGGGGUGGGGGAAGGCAAGCAAUAAAACUGAUGGGGGGGGGAAGGAGGUUCUUUCUGCCUCCUGCCUCUUGUUUCCCAUGGAAUAGGAAGAGGGCAGCUUGUUUGUUGCCCAUCACUUUCGUUUUCAUGUUUGCAAAACUUACUAUGUUUUAAUAGAUACCAAGCCCCGAUGAAGGUUUUGAAGGCAGAUCUCUUUAUGAAAGCUGGCAUGAGAAAAACCCCUCAACGGAGCAGGAAGGUGUGCCCAGGUAAAUUCCAGGGGGGUUGGGAUGGAGAGGGGAUGAAGGAGAAAACCACUGUGGUUCCUUCCAGAAGUAGGGUUUCUUAAUUUAGUGUUGUGUCACAAAGACCAAAGUGCAAAACAAGCAGGGCAGAAGUGGGACAGCUGUGCCUCAUUGGCCUUCACUGGAUCUCCCUAGAGAGACAGUGUGGUGUAGUGGUUAGAGUGUAGGACUAGGAGCUGGGACACUAGAGUUCAAAUCCCUGCCUGGCCAUGAAACCUCACUAGUGUUGUUGGACCAGUCAGCCUACUGCACUGGGUUGUUGUGAGGAUAAAAUGAGAACAGAGAUAGCCAAGUACACCACCGUGAGCUGUUUGGAAAAAAGAUGGGUUAUGCAUUUGUUACUAUUAUUUCAAUUUAUCAGUCACUUACUAUGUAAGACAAGGGACGCAGGUGGCGCUGUGGUCUAAACCACAGAGCAUAGGGCUUGCCGAUCAGAAUGUCAGCCUUUCAAACCCCUGUGACGGGGUGAGCUCCCAUUGCUCGGUCCCUGAUCAUGCUAACCUAGCAGUUCAAAAGCACAUCAAAGAUGCAAGUAGAUAAAUAGGUACCACUCUGGCGGGAAGGUAAACAGCGUUUCUGUGUGCUGCUCUGGUUCUCCAGAAGUGGCUUAGUCAUGCUGGCCACAUGACCUGGAAGCUGUCGCCAAACUUACCUUCAGGGGUCCCUUUACCUUUACCUUUAUGUAAAACAAAAUAAAAAAAAUUCCUUCCAAUAGCACCUUCAAGACCAACUAAGUUAGUUAUUGGUAUGAGCUUUCAUGUGCAUGCACACUUUUCCAGAUACUUUUAACUCUUUACUAUGUAAAGAGUCUCUAAGUGGCAACCCAGCCAGAUGGACGGGGUAUUAUUAUUAUUAUUAUUAUUAUUAUUAUUAUUAGCAGUAAUAUUUAUUACUACUACUAAAUUACCCUCCCUUGUGGAGUGUUCCCUCAGCCUCCUCUCUUCUCCCCUCUCCUUGGGAGUCCUCUGGGCAGCCACAGCUGACGCCUCUGGUCUCUGAGAUGCCCCCCCUACCUACCCCAAAGAGAGGGUCCUCUUCACACUGCCCCACAGAAGCCUGGGAAGCACCCCCUGGCCAGCCCCAGAGGCACCAUUCGCCUGGGGAGCUUGUAGCCAGGACUGCUUCUGCAACAGACAGCCAUGCAAGCCUUUGGGAGGCAGAGACAAUAGCAGAAUUUUAAAAGCAUAACAUAAAAUUAGGAAAAAAAGAGCAAUGUGUUACAAUGAAAGCUAGACAAUAACCCAUAAAAAAGAUCAGUGUGUACACUGAGCUGCUUUGAAAACAAUAAUUUUAUGGCAACGUUUACCCAGUUUGCCCUCUGUCCUGUCUCUCUUUUUCAUUUCACCAAAGGAUUAACAAGCUGGGCUCCGGCAAUGAUUUUGAAGUCUUUUUCCAGAGGUUGGGCAUCGCUUCCGGAAGAGCUCGAUACACGAAAAACUGGGUAAGCAUGUUCUGUUACUUCUACAGCAUCUUGAAAUAAGCAUCCUGGGGGAUUUGGAUAUAAAUCCCUUUAAAAGCUCACUGUGGUUAAUUGUUGUUGGCAUAUGUCUAUCUGGGAAGACGAUGGAGGAGUUCGCCAUUUGGGGGUGAAGUCAAACUGUUGGAAGCUUGCAGCGCCUGCUGUGGCUGCCGAGACUGAUAUGGGAGAGACAUGUUUUGUUGUAGCUGGGGCAGAUGAAAGCGUCUGGUUUUGCUGCUGCAGAUGCACCGUGACAUUUCAUCUCUCUGUACUCCUCCCAGCCGUCAUUCCUUCUCUGGUCGGUACUGUGGAUUCACAACCUGACUGUCUGUCUCCAGCAUAGGAGACAAUUCCUAGGGGCCGAGGUCCCUUCACCCCCCCCCCCCGUAAAAUAUUUGAGGAGCUGGUGAGCACUGCCAUUUGAAUAGUGUGCAUCUUGUGAGUGAUUACGUGCCCCCUCCCUCAAUAUUUUAUUCAAUCUGGCACCCCUGGUUUCCAGGCACUGCGAAUUUAUUGUAGACUCCAAGUUAAUGUAACAAAAUUCACUGGAAGCGAAAGGCUGUGGAGUUCUGUAAGACUAAAACCGACUCCAAAGAUUAUUUAAGACCAGUGGAGCCUGGCACUCAUUCAGAUUCACAGGGCGGAAGCCACUGACAGGUUGUUGUUGUUUUGUUGUUUAGUCAUUUAGUCGUGACCGACUCUUUGUGACCCCAUGGACGCCAGGCACUUCUGUCUUCCACUGCCUCCUGCAGUUUGGUCAAACUCAUGCUGGUAGCUUCGAGAACACUGUCCAACCAUCUUGUCCUCUGUCGUCCCCUUCUCCUUGUGCCCUCCAUCUUUCCCAACAUCAGGGUCUUUUCCAGGGAGUCUUCUCUUCUCAUGAGGUGGCCAAAGUAUUGGAGCCUCAGCUUCAGGAUCUGUCCUUCCAGUGAGCACUCAGGGCUGAUUUCCUUCAGAAUGGAUAGGUUUGAUCUUCUUGCAGUCCAUGGGACUCUCAAGAGUCUCCUCCAGCACCAUAAUUCAAAAGCACUGACAGGUAGAGGAAAGCUAUUCUGCUUUUGCCUCUGUCCUCCUCCCAAAUCUAUAAAGGCAACACUAAGGAGGAGAUCCUAUGACAAGAUGCAUCAGGAUGAGCAAUUUAGGAUUCAUUACAUCUUUGGCUCAACCAGCCAAUCCCUGGCUCAGCUCGGCUCAGCCAGAGAGUUAAGCUAGUUGCUGACCUUGGGGUCAAAUCCUGCUUGUAGGUUUCUGGUUGGCCACUGUGAAAACAGGAUGCUGGACUAGAUGGGCCAUUGACCUGACCCAGCAGGGAUGUUCUUACAUUCUUAAAAAUGUAACCAACCCCAGCUCAGCAUAAUUUCCUCAUUGCGGCUCAGAUGGGGCUCGGCCGGCUGAGCUGAGGCCAGUGAGGUUCCCCCAAAAGGGGUGUUCUGGAGGCAUUGCGCAGCAAGACCAAAGACAGGGAGACACAGCCUGGAUCCUAACUAUGUCCAGUUGUGUCAUGCAACUUGGAAACCCUGAAUUCCAUACCUGAAUGUGCAGGCAGGCAGGAAGUUGACCAGCAGAAUAUUUACCAGCAGAGCCCAAGCAUGACAUUCUAAGAGUGAGUGUCAGGCUUCAGGGAAUCUGACCCCUCUCCCUCAAGGCAGGCUGCCAGUCAUAGAUAAACAAGAAGCUCUUACCAAAGUCUUUAUUCAGUAUUCAGCUCUUGGGGUAAUGGCACUACUCCGAGUAAUCUCCUUCCCCCUUCCCUUCUCAGUCGUCAACAGUGCCACCCAUUUUACGGUGUCUGCUUAAGGCCAAUUGCCUCUUAGCCCUUUGUUCGCCUACUUUCACUGCUCACCGUGUUCUGGUAGAAGGUGGGUCUGGAAUGCUCUUAAGUAGGUCUGACGCAAUCGAAAUAUAUAAAAAAAUAAAAAAUUGUCCAGUAGCACCUUAGAGACCAACUAAGUUUGUUCUUGGCAUAAGUGUUCGUGUGCAUGUAUCUGAAGAAGUGUGCAUGCACACGAAAGCUUAUACCAAGAAUGAACUUAGUUGGUCUCUAAGGUGCUACUGGACAAUUUUUUAAUAUAUAGUGAUAAUGUGUCAUCCAGUCAUAGAAUCACAGAAUUGGAAGGGACCCUGAGGAUCAUCUAGUCCAACCCCCUGCAAUGCAGGAAUAUGCAGAUGUCCCAUAUAGGGAUCGAACCUGCAACCUUGGCAUUAUCAGCACCAAACUCUAACCAACUGAGCCAUCCAGCUGUUCCUGCUCUGCUUCUCCCAUUAUUUCCCAGCUCUGCCCCUCUUCUGUCUCUGAGCUGUGACCCUCCUCAAACCACUGUUCUAAAUCUAUACUGUCGUCCUCUUCUUGGGAAGGUUCAGGAAGAGGGGGAGGCGGUCUCCAACUUUCCUCCUCCAAUGUCCAGUCCCUGACAGUGAGGCAAGGCUGAGCUGACCCAUAUCCACCGGAUGCUGAGCUGAUCUCACAGCCAGUGCUGGCCAGCAUGGGGCCUGAUCUAUCUCCCACCACAGCACCUCCUGAUCCUGCCAUGAGUGACCAGGCAGCUGAUGUGGCAAUGACUGCCAAGACUUUGCAAAGUCUGGGUGGCUGCACAUUUCCCCCAACCCAACUUGUAGGGUUGUUGUUGUUUUUUUGCAGUGCAUAAAAACCCAUGAGAUGUGAAAAUGCAAUCUGAGUGUGCCCACUUCUUACUUUUCAGAGGGUGGACAAAUACAGUAGCUACCCUGUUUAUCACAGCGUCUAUGAGACCUACGAGAUCGUGGAGCAGUUUUAUGACCCCACUUUUAAGAACCACCUUGCUGUGGCUCAGGUGCGUGGAGGAAUGGUGUUUGAACUGGCCAAUUCCGUCGUCCUUCCUUUCGACUGCCGGGAUUACGCCAAGGCACUCAGCGGUUACGCAAACGUCAUUCACAACAUGACCCUGAAACACCAGGAAGCCCUGGAGACGUACAACGUGUCGUUAGGUAUGUGCUGUCAGGCAUAAGACAAGAAUCAGAGAACAGCAGAGUUGGAAGCAAUCUUGGAGGUCAUUUGUUCCAGGGAUAGCUAAGAACUAGAUGUUUGGGACUACAUAUCCCAUCAGUUCCGGCCAGCAUGGACCAAUGGAUGGUCAGGGAUGAUGGAAGGUGGAGCCCAACAAAACCCUUAGCAAACCACAUUAUUAUCAUGUUAGCUAUCCGUACUUUCCUCCUACCAGAACCCCAAGAGGCUAAAGACAUUCCGUUAGAAUUUUAUUUUAUUUUCUCAUUUAACAGCAUUUGUAUACUAACUUGAUUGUAAUAAGACCUCUAAGAGUGGCUGCCGAAACCCAGCCAGAUGGGUGAAGUAUUAAUAAUAAUAAUAAUAAUAAUAAUAAUAAUAAUAAUAAUAAUAAUAUCAUCAUCAUCAAAGCAGGUUUGGGGGGGACCCACAAACAAUUAAAAUUAUAAAUAAAAGACAUUUAAAACAGGCUGUUGAAAACAUUCAGAAAUAAUUAAAAUCAACACUGAGCAAAAAGGUUAAAACACCUGUCAGUAGUCUGCAUGACUGGAUAAAGGUAAAGGGACCCCUGACCAUUAGGUCCAGUUGUGACCGACUCUGGGGUUGCGGCGCUCAUCUUGCUUUAUUGGCUGAGGGAGCCGGCGUACAGCUUCCAGGUCAUGUGGCCAGCAUGACUAAGCCACUUCUGGCGAACCAGAUCAGCGCACGGAAAUGCCGUUUACCUUCCCGCCGGAGCGGUACCUAUUUAUCUACUUGCACUUUGACGUGCUUUCAAACUGCAAGGUGGGCAGGAGCAGGGACCGAGCAACGGGAGCUCACCCCGUCGCAGGGAUUCAAACCGCUGACCUUCUGAUCGGCAAGCCUUAUGCUCUGUGGUUUAACCCACAGCGCCACCCGUGUCCCUUACAUGAUUGGAUAGGCUUGCCUAAAUAAAACGUUUUUAAACAGGCAUCCAAAAGUGUACAAGGAAACCCCCCUCAUAUAUCAAUAGGCAGGGAGUUCCAAAGUGUUGUCACAGAGGGAUUUAUUUCAAGUGCAGAACAGUGUAUGGUGUGCAUCUGUAACUGUGCCAGUUCCACAGAUCAAAGGGGUUCAGAGAACAUGGAUGGGGUAAGGACAUCCUGCCGUCAAAAUGGUCCCAAGCUGUUAUGGUCCUUACAUGCUAAUAGUAACAUUUUGUACUUGUCCCGGAAACAAAUCAGCACCCAGAAUUAAUGAACCGGGUGGCACUGAGCACACUUUGAGCCUAGGGAUUUGUUUUCAUUACCCUAACUGAACCGAACUUGCAGUCCUUUCACACGCCCUGGUUACUUUACUUUAUUUCAGCAGCCUGAUUUAGAUGGGGAAAGUACUUUUGUUUAUUGCCGUGGUCAAAAUCCAUUGCUGACCACUGCAAAAUCACCCAAGGAUCUACCAGGUAAACCUUCUGCCCACCUUUGCCUUGCUGCAAUGCAGGAAUCUUGCAGCAAAGACUCAUAGAGGGACCUUGGAAAGUCUCAAGAGGAAGGUUGCAAAGUGGGACUCCUAAAAAAAUGAACAGUUCCCCAGUGACUCUGUUAAUCCAGCUGCUUUGCAUAUCCCACUGGUGUUGGAUCAGUACCCCACCUGCGCAUGAGUGCAUCACGAUUCCCUGUGUCCAGGUUGUGUCCAGGUCUUAUGAACAAGCCUUGAUUUUUCCCUGGUCAGCAACUAGGCUUCCCAUUGCUUAGGAGAGAAACCACAAACCAGUGGCAGAGCACAUCUUUCACGUGCAGAAGGUCUCUUUUUAGUUUUUUUAAUUCAUUUUCACUUUUACCAUUUAACAUCAUAUAUAAAUCAUAAUCGUUUUACAAAUAGGAUUUUCAGAAUCCCUGAACUUCCCUCCACCCCUCCUCGGUUUCACCAGAUGUUCUUUUCAAACUGCAUCGUAUCAUAUUCUCCAUAUUUUCCUAAAGCUCCAUUUUUAUCAUAAUUCUCACUUCAUUGCAAGUGUUUUUAAAAUCCUGCCAAUGUUUUCAAUUGUUUACAGUGUUCUUUCAAGUAACUUAAAAAAAUUUCCCCAUUCUUUAUUAAAUUUAUUGUCCUCUUGAUCUCUGAUUUUCCCAGCCAUUUUCGCCAAUUUGGCAUGCUCCAUCAUCCUUAUCAACCAUUCUUCUUUCAUAGGUGGAUUGUCCUCCUUCCAUCUUUGGACAAGUAGCAUCUGCUCAGCUGUUGUAGCAUACAUAGAUAGUCUCUUCUGAUCACAUGCAGAAGGUUUCCGUUUGCCCAGAUGUCUCCAGAUAAAGCACUUUAGCUGAUGCGGUUGAAAAUUACCUCCCUUUGACAUGCUGCAGAACCACUGCCCAUCAGAGCAGUCGGUGUGGAGCUAGGCGAGACCUUGGGGCUGUAGUGGAUUUUUCAAUGAAGUUGCUGACCCAGUUUGCAGAAGCAGUGAAAAAGGCAAAUUCAAUUAUAGGGAUCAUUAGGAAACUUAAAACCAAAUCACCAGCAUACUAGGCAUAUACAAUGUCUGUUUGUCUGCGUUGUUAUAUAUAAAUUGUUUUGGAAUAAAGUUAAAAUUAAAAUAAUAAAUAAAUAAAUAAAUAAAUAAUAAAAUUUAUUUAUACCCCGCCCUCCCCAGCCAAGACCGGGCUCAGGGCAGCUAACAGCCAAUAUAAAAGCAAAUUGAUUAAAAUACAUUAAAACAUUAAAAUACAGCCUCAUUUCAGUGGAAACUCAAAUCAAAAACUUUUUGGGGGAUGGAAACGUCAAGUCUUCACCAAGGCUAACUAUCCAGACUGGGCCAGAAAAAAGCCAGAGAAGUCCCCAAAUAGGAGUUCCAUCACAGGAGAAGAAAGGAAAAAAGAUGAGGGGGAUGGAAUCAAAUUGAUUAAUAAACAUUUACUAGGAGUGUUCACACUAUAUCUCUGUGGAUUGAGCAGACAAGAUUCAUGAAAUCCAAUGACGAGCUUUCCCCCCUCUUUGCUCUCCUAGGUUCUCUCCUGGAUGCAGUGGGGAAGUUUUCAGAAUCUGCCAGUGACUUUCACAAGAGAUCACAACUACUGGACACCAAUAAGUAAGUCGCCUAGAUUAUUGGACAUCUGGCCUGUUCUGCCCAGGGGCAGAAUUCUUCAGGCUGAGGUCUGUUGAUAAAUGCAUGCUAAAGAGAGACGUCCCCUCAGUGGACUGGGAGGGUCUAGCUAGGAAAGUCCAGCGCUCAACUUCCAAGAAGCUGUUGAAUAGACCUGUGUGCAUUUGAGAAUAUCAGCUUUUGUGUUGGCUCCCAAAGGGAGCAGCUCUGUUGGAGCAGCUUUGAUGCUUUUUUUGUUGUUGUUGUUCCUGUGGUCUAAUUUGCAGCCCUAUUGCAGUGAGAUCUUGGAACGAUCAGCUGAUGUUUCUGGAAAGAGCAUUUAUCGAUCCCCUUGGAUUACCUGGCAGGCCGUUCUAUAGGUAAGAAAACAUAUGCUCUUUGUAGCUCAGUUGGUAGAGCAUGAGAGUCUAAAUCUCCGGGUUCUAGGAUCCACUUUCAGCAAAAGAUUACUGCAUUGCAGGAUGUUGGACUAGAUGACCCUUGGGAUCCUUUCCAAGUCUACAAUUCUAUGAUUUAUCACCUCUACAUUCCCUUCCCUUCCUUAAAAAUCUUUAGAUUCUCCACCCCUUUCAUUACCAAAAAAAAACAACCUCUGAGUUGGAUGCAGUUUGUCUCACAUACAGAGACAUUUAUCUCGUGGUUUUAAAGUGUUUAACAAGUGAUGGGGAGCCUCAAACACCAACCUAUGUUACAAUGGAAUGUAAAUAACCCAAAUGCCAAAAACAAAUCAUAAUUGGGAAACAGCUCAUUUGAUUUCCAAGCAUUUCUAAAUGUGACCUGAGCUUCUGCCCCCAAACCCCUCAACUCCCUUCCUCCUACCUAUCCUAAUCCGUCCCCUUUUCCCUUCAAACCUCACUUACUGGGGCCAGCAAUGGGAGUGAUGGUUCUCCAACCACCUUGAGAAGGAAAAACAAGUGGUCUUUCCACCCUUCCUUCUUCGGCUGAUGUUGGAGUCAGACCUAAUAUACACCACCUUCCCGUCUUCCUAAGUGUGACGUGCAUCUAUCAGAGACAAGAAAAAUGCUUUUGCCUCUGGUACAUGGCAGAAAGAAAUUCCCCGCUUCUGACAAAGAGGAGCAAAGGGAUGGAUGUUGAAAGAUAGGACUUGAGUCCCUGAAAAAUUUCAGUAGGGUUGGUUAAGGUUCCUCCCCAGGCACAACCUCCCCAGAUGUUAUCAUGAGCUCUGCUUUUUAAAUAUGGUUGCUUGUGUUUCCAGACACAUCAUCUUUGCUCCGAACAGCCACAACAAGUAUGCUGGAGUGUCCUUUCCUGGUAUCUACGAUGCCCUGUUUGACAUUACCCAUGCAGAGGACCACCACAAGGCCUGGGAGGAAGUCAAGAGACAGAUCUCCAUUGCAGCCUUCACAGUCACUGCCGCAGCUGGGACUCUGAAAGAAACAGCGUGAAUCCCUAGAGGGUCCAAGGAGCUGGCUCUACUUGCCAAAGUCAUGCUGAGUUUGGAACUUGGUGGCCGGAGAGACUUUCCUUGGGGAGGCUUGUUCACACGUUGCACUGAACACAGCUACAAGCUGCCUUUACCCAUGUACAAGUGAUUGUGUGAAAGAGUGCGCCCUUGUUGAUUUGUUCACCUCAACCAUUGUGCACACAGACAACACAGGCAUUGAACAUUACUGUGCACAUAGGUACACAGGUUGUACACUCAUAAAUCCCAGGGAUUUCAGUGGGCACUUAAUCAUGGAUAUAGGUUUUCAGCUCAGAGGACUUAACACAGAAAGAGAAAUCCAAGCUAUUCACACCAUCACAACCCAAUCUUGACAGGCGUGUCUUUCAUUGCCUUCCCUGCAUUGAGGUUUUGAGGGCCAUCAAAGCCAAUUUAUUGAUGGAAAAACAAACAAACAAGUAGUUCAAAUGGUGCGGACCUUGAUACAGAAGAAUGCCCACCUUCCAGAUCCCCAAGGAUGUGAUCUGAUGGCACACCAAUGUGUUGAUGGAUCUCAGUUCCCUUGAAGGCAUGAGGGGUGUUCACACAUUAUAUUCAAUAUGAGUCACUUUGCAAAGGAUUUAAAUUUGGGCUUUAUUUUAAAACUUACUUUUAAAUUCCAUGGCUUUAUUAUCUACUUGCACCCCAAAGUUUUGGGUGCAUCUUUACAAACUUGUACACAACCAAAAACAAAAACAAACGAAAGUUCUAUGGAAAGGAGGGUGAAUGAGCUACUGAACUUUUGGAUAUCUAAGUUUAGAACUUAGAAGCUGAAAAGUCCCAUCAUGGUUGGUAUUCUCACUGGUGGGGAGCACAUAUUAGAUGCCAUUUUAAAUUUCCCACAAUGCCACAGAACAAGUCUACAUUGGCUAUUCUGGGGCACUGUGUGAAACCUAAAUGCUGGAAAUUUAAAUAAAAUUAAGUUCUGGUACUACCUGGAGUGCCGCCAUCAUAGAUGUCCAUGUGGGGAGAGGACCAUUGGGCAUAGGAGUGGCCCCACGGACAGAUGUGGCCCUGGGGGCCCCUAUUGGCUUUGAAAAGCAAAUGAUCCCAAGCUCAAUACCUUCUGGAACAUACACUGAAAAACCACAGAUGAAGUUGCUGUACUCAGUUUCCCCAUCAAUAGAACCUCCUUUUAGAAAUCGGUUUUGCUUUUGUGCCUUUAAAAAUAAAAAUAAAGUUCCCUCUAAAAAGA